AUGACAUCAGAUGUGCUGGUCAUCACCAAGGCAGACCUUUUCAAAGUCACCAUGUUAUUUUGAUGCCAGACAACUCAGCAGUCUAUUGACUUUGCUGUUUGAUUUGGUGUGAAUGGAAUACUCCUUCAUGUCAUCUCUGUCAGCUACUCCAUAAUUAUUUCCCCUUGCACUGUUAAAUGUAAAAAGUGCACAAGACUCUAGGAUUUUAUUAGGAUCCCCAUUAGCCGACGCCAAUGGCGACAGCUAGUUUUACUGGUGUCCGACACGUAAGAAAAAAUACAUUACAGACAGACUUUACAUACAUACAGUACCAGUCAAAAGUUUGGACACACCUUCUCAUUCAAGGGUUUUUCUUUAUUUUUUACUAUUUUCUACAUUGUAGAAUAAUAGUGAAGACAUCAAAACUAUGAAAUGACACGUAUGGAAUCAUGUAGUAACCAAAAAAUAGUGAAACAAAUCAAAAUAUGUUUUAGAUUCUUCAAAGUAGCCACCCUUUGCCUUGAUGACGGCUUUGCACUCUCUUGGCAUUCUCUCAACCAGCUUCACCUGGAAUGCUUUUCCAACAGUCUUGAAGGAGUUCCCACAUAUGCUGAGCACUUGUUGGCUGCUUUUCCUUCACUCUACGGUCCAACUCAUCCCAAACCAUCUCAAUUGGGUUGAGGUCGGGGGAUUGUGGAGGCCAGGUCAUCUGAUGCAGCACUCCAUCACUCUCCUUUUUUGUCAAAUAGCCCUUACACAGCCUGAAGGUGUGUUUUGGGUCAUUGUCCUGUUGAAAAACAAAUGAUAGUCCCACGAAGCGCAAACCAAAUGGGAUGGCUUAUCGCUGCAGAAUCAAAUCAAAUCACAUUUUAUUGGCCACAUGCGCCGAAUACAACAGGUGUAGACAUUACAGUGAAAUGCGUACUUACAGCCCUUAACCAACAAUGCAUUUAUUUUUUAAUAAAAAAAGUAAAAUAAAACAACAACAGUGUUGAGAGAAAAAAUAGCAGAAGUAAAAUAAAAUAACAGUAGGGAGGCUAUAUAUACAGGGGGGUACCGGUGCAGAGUCAAUGUGCGGGGGCACCAGGUAGUUGAGGUAAUAUGUACAUGUGGGUAGAGUUAAAGUGAUUAUGCAUAAAUAAUUAACAGAGUAGCAGCAGCGUAAAAAGAUGGGGUGGGGGUGGGGGGGCAGUGCAAAUAGUCCGGGUAGCCAUGAUUUAGCUGUUCAGGAGUCUUAUGACUUGGGGGUAGAAGUUGUUGAGAAGUCUUUUGGACCUAGACUUGGCACUCCGGUACCGCUUGCCGUGCGGUAGCAGAGAGAACAGUCUAUGACUAGGGUGGCUGGAGUCUUUGACAAUUUUGAGGGCCUUCCUCUGAUACCGCCUGGUAUAGAGGUCCUGGAUGGCAGGAAGCUUGGCCCCAGUGAUGUACUGGGCCGUACGCACUACCCUCUGUAGUGCCUUGCGGUCGGAGGCCGAGCAGUUGCCAUACCAGGCGGUGAUGCAACCAGUCAGGAUGCUCUCGAUGGUGCAGCUUUAUAAUUGUUUGAGGAUCUGAGGACCCAUGCCAAAUCUUUUCAGUCUCCUGAGGGGGAAUAGGCUUUGUCGUGCCCUCUUCACGACUGUCUUGGUGUGUUUGGACCAUGAUACUUCGUUGGUGAUGUGGACACCAAGGAACUUGAAGCUCUCAACCUGUUCCACUACAGCCUCGUCGAUGAGAAUGGGGCCGUGCUCAGUCCUAUUUUUUUUCCUGUAGUCCCAAUCAUCUCCUUUGUCUUGGUCACGUUGAGGGAAUGGUUGUUAUCCUGGCACCACAUGGCCAGGUCUCUGACCUCUUCCCUAUAGGCUCUCACCGUUGUAGGUGAUCAGGCCUACCACUGUUGUGUCGUCGGCAAACUUAAUGAUGGUGUUGGAGUCGUGACUAGCCAUGCAGUCAUGGGUGAACAGGGAGUACAGGAGGGGACUGAGCACGCACCCCUGAGGGGCCCUCGUGUUGAGGAUCAGUGUGGCAGAUGUGUUGUUACUUACCUGAAGUCCAGGAUCCAGUUGCAGAGGGAGGUGUUUAGUCCCAGGAUCCUUAGCUUAGUGAUGAGCUUUGAGGGCACUAUGGUGUUGAAUGCUGAGCUGUAGUCAAUGAAUAGCAUUCUCACGUAGGUGUUCCUCUUGUCCAGGUGGGAAAGGGCAGUGUGGAGUGCAAUAGAGAUUGCAUCAUCUGUGGCUCUGUUGGGGCGGUAUGCAAAUUGGAGUGGUUCUAGGGUUUUUGGGAUAAUGUUGUUGAUGUGAGCCAUGACCAGCCUUUCAAAGCACUUCAUGGCUACAGACGUCAGUGCUACGGGUCGGUAGUCAUUUAGGCAUGUUAUCUUAGUGUCCUUGGCCACGGGGACUAUGGUGGUCUGCUUGAAACAUGUUGGUAUUACAGACUCAGUCAGGGACAUGUUGAAAAUGUCAGUGAAGACACUUGCCAGUUGGUCAGCACAUGCUCGGAGUACACGUCCUGGUAAUCCGUCUGGCCCUGCGGCCUUGUGGAUGUUGGUUGACCUGCUUAAAAGUCUUAUUCACAUUGGCUACGGAGAGCGUGAUCACAUAGUCAUCUGGAACAGCUGGUGCUUUCAUGCAUGCUUCAGUGUUGCUUGCUUCGAAGCGAGCAUAGAAGUAGUUUUGCUCGUCUGGAAGUCUUGUGUCACUGGGCAGCUCGCGGCUGUGAUUCCCUUUGUAGUAUGUAAUAGUUUUCAAGCCCUGCCACAUCCGACGAGCGUCAGAGCCGGUGUAGUACGAUUCAAUCUUAGUCCUGUAUUGACUUUUUGCCUGUUUGAUGGUUCGUCGGAGGGCAUAGCGGGAUUUCUUAUAAGCGUUCAGGUUAGAGUCCCGCUCCUUGAAAGCGGCAGCUCUACCCUUUAGCUCAGUGCGGAUGUUGCCUCUAAUCCAUGGCUUCUGGUUGGGGUACCUACGGUCACUGUGGGGACGACGUCAUCGAUGCACUUAUUGAUGAAGCCAGUGACUGAUGUGGUGUACUCCUCAAUGCUAUCUGAAGAAUCCCGGAACAUGUUCCAGUCUGUGCUAGCAAAACAGUCCUGUAGCUUAGCAUCUGCGUCAUCUGACCACUUUUUUUAUUAACCGAGUCACUGGUGCUUCCUGCUUUAGUUUUUGCUUGUAAGCAGGAAUCAGGAUGGUCAGAUUUGCAAAAUGGAGGGCGAGGGAGAGAUUUGUAUGCAUCUCUGUGUGUGGAGUAAAGGUGGUCUAGAGUUUUUUUUUCCUCUGGUUGCACAUUUAACAUGCUGGUAGAAAUUAGGUAGAACUCAUUUAAGUUUCCCUGCAUUAAAGUCCCCGGCCACUAGGAGCGCUGCCUCUGGAUGAGCGUUUUCCUGUUCACUUAUGGCCUUAUACAGCUAAUUCAGUGCAAUCUUAAUGCCAGCAUUGGUUUGUGGUGGUAAAUAGACAGCUAUGAAAAAUAUAGAUAAACUCUCUUGGUAAAUAGUGUGGUCUACAGCUUAUCAUAAGAUACUCUACCUCAGGCGAGCAAAACCAUGAGACUUCCUUAGUAUUUGAUUUUGUGCACCAGCUGUUGUUUACAAAUAUACACAGACCGCCACCCCUUGUCUUACCGGAGUCACCGUUCUAUCCUGCCGAUGUAGCGUAUAUCCCGCUAGCAGUAUGUUGUCCAUGUCGUCGUACAGCCACGACUCAGUGAAACAUAAUAUAUUACAGUUUUUCAAGUCCCGUUGGUAGGAUAACUGUAAUCUUAGGUCAUCUAUUUUAUUCUCAAAUGAUUGAACAUUGACUAAUAGGAUUAAUGGAAGAGGCAGUUUACUCGCUCGCCAUCGGAUCCUUACAAGGCACCCUGGCCUACGUCCAUGAUAUCUCCGUCUCUUUCUCAUGCGAAUGACGGUGAUUUGGGCCUUGUGUCUGUAGGAUAUCCUUUGCGUCCGACUUGUUGAAGAAAAAAUCUUCGUCCAAUACGAGGUGAGUAAUCGCUGUCCUGAUAUCCAGAAGCUCUUUGUGGUUAUAAUAGACAAUGGCAGAAACAUUAUGUACAGAAUAAAUGACAAAUAACGCGGAAAAACACACAUAAUAGUACAAUUGGUUAGAGGGCUGUAAAACGGCAGCCAUCUUCUCCGGCGCUGUGGUAGCCAUGCUGGUUAAGUGUGCCUUGAAUUUAAAAAUAAAUCACUGACGUGUCACCAGCAAAGCACCCCCACACCAUCACACCUCCUCCAUGCUUCACGGUGGGAACCACACAUGCGGAGAUCAGCCGUUCACCUACUCUGCGUCUCACAAAGACACGGCGGUUGGAACCAGAAAUCUCACAUAUGGACUCAUCAGACCAAAGGACAGAUUUCCACCGGUCUAAUGUCCAUUGCUCAUGUUUCGUGGCCGACGCAAGUCUCUUCUAUUUGGUGUCCUUUAGUAGUGGUUUCUUUGCAGCAUUUCAAGGCCUGAUUCACGCAGUCUCCUCUGACCAUUUGAUUUUGAUGUUGAUGUGUCUGUUACUUGAACUCUGUGAAGCAUUUAUUUGGGCUGCAAUUUCUGAGGCUGGUAACUCUAAUGAACUUAUCCUCUGCAGCAGAGGUAACUCUGGGUCUUCCUGAAAUAAAAGAUCCUAAACAUUUUCCAUGCGCCCAAAAGGUUAUUUCUAUCAAAUGUUGUGCACAAAUUUGUUUACAUCCCUGUUAGUAAGCAUUUCUCCUUUGCCAAUAUAAUCCAUCAACCUGACAGGUGUGGCAUAUCAAGAAGCUGAUUAAACAGCAUGAUUAUUACACACGUGCACCUUGUGCUGGGGACAAUAAAAUGCCACUCUAAAAGGUGCAGUUUUGUCACACAACACAAUGCCACAGAUGUCUCAAGUUGAGGGAGUAUGCAAUUGGCAUGCUGACUACAAGAGCUGUUGCCAGAUAAUUUGAUGUGCAUUUCUCUACCAUAAGCCGCCUCCAACGUUGUUCUAGAGACAUUGGCAGUACGUCCAAUUGGCCACACAACCUCAGAUCAUGUGUAUCGCGUCGUGUGGGCGAGCAGUUUGCUGAUGUCAAUGUUGUGACAGAGUGCCUCAUGGUUGCGGUGGGGUUAUUGUGUGGGCAGGCAUAAGCUACGGACAACAAACACAAUUGCAUUUUAUCAAUGGCUAUUUGAAUGCACAGAGAUACCGUGAGGAGAUCCUGAGGCCCGUUGUUGUGCCAUUCAGCCGCCACCAACACUGACUGUUUCAGUACGAUAAUGCACGGCCCCAUGUCGCAAGGAUCUGUACACAAUUCCUUGAAGCUGAAAAUGUCCCAGUUCUUCCAUGGCCUGCAUACUCACCAGACAUGUCACCCAUUGAGCAUGUUUGGGAUGCUCUGGAUCGACAUGUAGGUCAGCGUCUUCCAGUUCCCGCCAAUAUCCAGCAUCUUCACACAGCCAUUGAAGAGGACUGGGACAACGUUCCACAGGCCACAACCAACAGCCUGAUCAACUCUUUGCGAAGGAGAUGUGUUGCGCUGCAUGAGGCAAAUGGUGGUCACACCAGAUACUGACUGGUUUUCUGAUCUACACAGGUGUCUGUGACCAACAGAUGCAUAUCUGUAUUCCCAAUCAUGUGAAUUCCAAAGAUUAGGACCUAAUGCAUUUAUUUCAAUUUACUGAUUUCCUUAUAGGAACUGUAACUCAGUUCAGUAUACAUUUCAGUACAUACACACAACAAGUAGGUCACAUGGGGGAGAGGUGUUAUGCUGUGAUGAUGUGUUGGUUUAUGUGUUGUUUGAAACCAGGUUUUCUGUUCACUUGCGCUAUAUGAGAUGGAAGGGAGUUCCAUGCAUUCAUGGCUCUGUAUAAUACUGUACGUUUCCUUGAAUUUGUUCUGGACAUGUUUGAGGAUUUUUGCAAGCUGCAUACUGUGUACACACUUUUUAUGGUAAGCUAAUAGCUGAGUGUACGGUGUGUGUGUGUGUGUGUAUAUGCGUAGGAGAAUGCACUGUAAACUCAUUAAUCUGUGUUUCAGGGCACAGAGAGGUGCAGUAGCUCACCUACAGUAACUUAACGAUGCACAAUCGCUCCGCCAGUUCCUGGGUUCUAAAAUUCUAAUAGUUUGCCUAAUUUCAGUUUAUGUGACAAAACAAGCAAGUUAGUAUAGUGUAGAGAAUCAUUGUACCAUCUAAACUGCUGUGAAAUAUAUUUUCUAUAACCAAAAAUAUUGUAUUUUCAGCUGUUUGAAGCUGGUGUACAAAACUGAAAGUUAAAGACGCAAAAACAAAUCUUAAGAACGGGAAGCAUAGCAAUGGCGCACAUUGAACAGAUCUACCGCUUCUUAGACUUGCUUUCAAUGAGAGUGACAGAUCUAUAACACACAUUUCUAUGUUAAUGUGGUCGGGUCACCCAAAAAGUUACAUAUUGCAGCUUUAAAGCUGCACCCUCCCCCUACCUUUCCCUCUCUUCCCCUUCCCCCCCUCUACCCCUCCCUCCAGUGAGCGGAUGAGGGGUCAGGAGCUCAAGGGCUGAUGCUGCUCCACUGCCUCCCACAGAGUGCCCAGACCGGACAGGAGAGUAGGGAUGUCCACAGUUCACAGGGCUGGAACAGCUGAAUCCCAGGGUACCACAGACAUGGAUACCUGCCUGUCUACUACCUAAACCAAAGAUGCUAAGCUACCUAUUGCAGAACAGAUAGACAGAUAUUCAUAGAGUGCUGCGUUACACAGAUUCAAGUCAACUCUGUGGAAGUGGGGCUAGGCAGAGCAGACUGAGGUCUGUUACUCUACUGAGGUUUGCAGUAGCAUACUGGAAGAGUUGUGGGACUCCAGCAGUACCUCCCCCCUAGCAUGGAGCGUGGGGAGGGUUCACGGCGAUCAGGUGAGCUCUUCUUUGUGAUGAACCCUUAGGAAAUAAUCAGGCUAGACAUAUUUGCAUAUUCGUCUGAUCUGUAUUAAGACUUUUGGUCAUGACCACAGCUGUUUCUCUUGUUGUGGAAGUGAUGGUUACGCCAUCAUGAUGUACUUACUGUAUGUACAGGUAUGUGUUGUCUGUCCUUGUGUAUUGUAGUCGUUAAUCUGUGGUGCUGGGAGGACCCAGAGUUAAAUAUAGGGAUUUCAUAUCUCUCUGUGUGUUUGUGCAUCUUACCUUCAGGCUCAGGUGUGCUGGGCUAGGCAGCGUAUGAAUCUGCCACUGUGGCGGCUUAACGAGUUAUAAAUAGAUCUCAUUGUCAUUUAUUAUUAUAGAGGCUGCAAUGCUUCACUUACUGUAGUUCCUUGUUAGCAAACUACCUGAUGAGAUUGUGUUGUUGUGUGGAGGGAUGUUUUGGCAUUUAGUAAACACUCAGGGGGCUUUAAAUAUUGAAAAUGUCUGUUAAAUCAGCCACAUUUUUUAUAUUUGGGAGAAACCGUUUUGUGUACAUAAGAGUUAAAAUAUUCCUAGUUUCUGAGAUUCUUACCUUGAAGUUAUUCACUUAAGCCAAUGGCAAUUUGCCAAGUACUGCUACUGCAUAUUCAGCGCUGUUCAUCUCUGUCAAUGGAACUAACGUAAAUCAAGAGGAUUAUCUCCCAGAAUGAAUGCAUGAACCUGAACCUGUCCACCUCUCUUCUCUACACAGUGUCAGAUCCCCUUUGUCUAAUGUAUCGUUGUAGUCUAAUACAACUGAUUCCUAUGCAUUCCUUGUUUGUGUAAUGAACAGCGCAGACAGCCAGUACAUGGUGAUGAUGGUUCUAACACUGCCCUUGUCUUCUCUUCGAAAGAAUGCCUUGCUUUCCUCAGCCAGCACAUUUUACAAUCGGCUGGGUGUCUAUUGUCUGUAGUGUGUUAGUCUCGCUUUGCCAAACUCAUGGCGUUAGACACAGCGACUGUGGUAGACUACUGUAGGGCAAACUAACUAUGGCUUGCAAAGGAAUUAAAAGAAUCCAAUGCUUGAGAAAUUGUGCUCUCUUAAUUGAAACCCUCUUGGGAUGUAACAUCACAUCUAAUUUACAAGGAAGUCUCUGAAAUGGAUGAUACAUUGUGAUGAUAAAUGGCAUAAUUGCGAAACGCCUUUAUGGAACAGUGUCUGCUCUUAGUUUUGAAUACUAGGCUGCACUUUAUAAUUAGAUGGUUCAUUAUGAUGACAUUAGAUGACAUUUCCUCAGUAGUAUGACAAGACACUGGUGAGCACCUCUCGUCUUAGCCAGUUGGGGGAGCAAUCAUGGGAAGAAAACAUAUUAUUGCAAAGAGAAAGUUGUUUCAAGGUAGUUUGAAUAUCAUACUGUACAGGAUGUCCACAGUGCAGACCUUAGUGUCAGUCUCAUUGACCAGUGUCGUCAGCAGCCUCAUCCGGUGCACAUGAUUGCUCUGAUUCCAGUAGCCUUCUGCGUGCUACCAGCAGGCUGCCCUGUCAUAACAUUUACUCAGCUACAGGGGUGUGAAUUCUCUAGUAUGCAAUGCUGCUGUCGUUCUAUUCCUGAUUUCGUAUCAGAGCAUUUUAACAGAGAUCAGCACUUUGGCAGUUAAACAGUGAAACGUCUGUCGGUGUGAAGAGCCACAUAAGCCUUCAAAGGCACCGCUGGCGCUGACACACUGGAGCAGAAUAGAGUACAUAUGGUAAUCUGAGAGGGGAAGGUCAUCUGAGGUCCUGAAGGUUACAGACUGUGCUGCUUUUUCAGCCUUCGUCGCGCAGACAAAGGCACAAAACCCCACAGGACACAUGGCAAUGACAAUCAACAAGACACUGGAGAUUACUUCUUCUUGAUCCGUAGCAGGGCAAAGUGAACAACUGAAUAUGGAUUGUUUCCUAAGAAAAGUAUGACUGAAAAUGUUCAAUACUUUGGUCAAGUGGAAAAACUCCCAGGAAAUCAAUAGUGAUUCAAAAGACAGAAACGUACAGAUUCUUUAGACAACUGAAUUUAAGCAUUUCUUCACCUCUAACUCAGUCUUGAGUCACAGUGACACUGUUCUUAGAAAUCAGGUGAAUACUGAUAUUGAAACCAGUCAGGGAGUGAGAAAUCCUAACCGUUUCAAAAAGAAGUCUACCCUUUCACCAUUCUUUAAUCUGAGCCCUUCUAUUGCCACAUAUAGCUGCCUAGUUGAAAAUGACCUUAGAGUAUUUAUGCUUACUGGCAACUUCUCUAAAGGUAACCUCAUUGCAGAAGAGGUUGUAGCACUCAAAGGUCUACAAAAUCACUUAUCUUGUAGUUUUCCCUGCUGAUAAGGGGGGGCGCUGUUUUGGUACAAAGUUAUUAACGAUAUCACAUGGCCAUUAUGAGUCAUUAUGAGAAUUCUAUGUCCCCUUACGUGCAAGCCCUACGGAUUGUAUUAAGAGUGAAAUUGAUGCAUAUAUUAACAGUGCUUUAGUCCAUGGUUGGAUUACUGAAAAUGAGAGGGAUUUCCUCAUCGAACCCACAACAAUGGAUGUUCAAAUUCUUUAUACAAACAUCCCCCAUGCAGGAGGCCUAGAAGCCCUCUCACACGUUCUAACUUUGAUGGGGGCGAGGGCCACAAAAAAUUGGAACUCGUGAUGAGGAGCCACAGUGUCUCGUGGGUCUGCAUACCCAGAUCCAUCCACCCCUUGCGAGCAAAACAUUUUAGCGGCCCCUCUCGUGACAGCGAUUAUCUUUAUUUUAUCAGUUGUUGUAGGUCAUUUCCUGCAAUACUGCACAUUUUGCCAUGGGGCGUAGAUAAAAUGUUGCCGUUUUUAAAGCAAGUUAGCUGCAAUUCUACACAUUUUGCCAUGGGGCAGAGAGAACAUUUAGCAAUUGUAUAACUCAUUUCAUGCAAUUCUACUAAUUUUGCCAUGGGGCGUAGAGGAAAAAUUAGCAGUUUUACAGCUACACUGAAGACAAAUAUAAACGCAACAUGUAAAGUGUUGGUCCCAUGUUUACUGAGCUGAAAUAAAAGAUCCCAGACAUUUUCCAUAUGCACAAAAAGCUUAUUUAUCUCAGAUUUUGUGCACAAAUUUGUUUACAUCCCUGUUAGUGAGUAUUUCUCCUUUGCCAAGAUAAUACAUCCACCUAACAGGUGUGGCAUAUCAAUAAGCUGAUUAAACAGCAUGAUCAUUACUAGUAUGAAAAUGUAUGCACUCACUAACUGUAAGUCGCUCUGGAUAAGAGCGUCAGCUAAAUUACUAAAAUGUAAAAUGUAACUAGGGCUGACCCUGACAAAAAAAAUAAUCUUGGUAGACCAAAAGUAGUCUGUUCUUUCGACCAAUCGAUUGGUCUACAUUUUAAACUUGUAUUUACAAUGUGUUUUAAUAAAAUCAACUAUAUACAUUGAGCUUGUCUGAUGCUUUAAGCUUACGGUUUGAUGAAAUAAGACAAAUGCCUCAAGAGGGCGCCAGAGAUCUAGAUAACCAGAAUUUAAAAAAAACUUAACCUGACCCAACUAUUCUCCUCCCGCUCCUGCUGGCUUUCACAGAUUCUGCCAUUAUUCUCCAGAAGUUUCCGGUAAUAGGAUACACGAGGAGUCUGCAACUUUUCUCAUGUGGAAUGCCAAUUUAUCUUACAAUUUCUACUGAUCUGCGUGCCAGUUAUGGUUUUCAUAUGCACAUGUGAAGUUUAAUUUAUAAUAAUGUCUUCAUAUCUCAAAAUCAUUGUCAUGUGUUUAAUAAAAAUUAAAAUGAUACUAAGCUAAAAAGUAACUUCUAUUGCCUUUGCCAACUAUUUAAAAAUAGCCUACAUAAAGCCAACAAAUUAAAAACAUUGCAGCCUGCAGGUAGAAAAUAUCCUGAUUUUAAAAAUAAAUGUCCUAUAAAUCACAUUGGCUACACAUGGCCUGUCUGCAACGAACUUGAAACAUUGUAUCAACUAUUAAUUUGGGUCCGGCCCUGAAGCUUGCGCUAGCGAACUUGCAACAUUGUAUAAAAUAUUCUGGGCCCUCAGUUUCCUGCGCCAGUGAGCUCGGGACAGACACAGCUGUAGGCUAUUUGCGCAAGGGAUAAGAAGCAGUGCUUGACUUGGGCAGGAGCUCACCGGAGCUGAAUACCGGCACCUCAUAUUUUCUGCUGCUUGAGCUCCUGUUCCUCUUAUCGAAUAUUAGCUCAAAUCUAUUGUGAAGCUUCUGCACCCAUAUAUAAACAGCACCAGCACCCAAAAUGAGUACCAAAACCUUUUUCAGUCCAAGUCAAGCACUGAUAAGUAAUCAGGUAGGCCUAUUUUAAAACGUUUCCCCUGGAUCAGAGCAAGACAUUUUUCCCUUUCACGCUGAGUGGUUAUCGAAAGGGAGAGAGCUGGAAAGAUUUUUCAAGUACAUUGAGGAACUAUUGUAAUUCUCAAUGGAUGUAAAAACAGACUUUGUUUGCUUGCUGUUUGAGGUGAAGAAAACAUUACUUUGAGAACCAUUAAGCCAAUCAGAAAUACUAUCUGAUCCCCAAAUGGGCACAUUUAUACAGUGCAUUCGGAAAGUAUUCAGACCCCUUGACUUUUUCCACAUUUUAUUACGUUAUAGCCUUAUUCUAAAAUUGAUUAAAUAGUUUUUUCCCCUCAUCAAUCUACACACAAUACCCCAUAAUGACAAAGAAAAAACAGGUUUUUAGAAAUAUCACAUUUACAUAAGUAUUCAGACCCUUGUUUGUUGAAGCACCUUUGGCAGCGAUUACAGCCUAGAGUCUUCUUGGGUAUGAUGCUACAAGCUUGGCACACCUGUAUUUGGGGAGUUUCUCCCAUUCUUCUCUGCAGAUCCUCUCAACCUCUGUCGGGUUGGAUGGGGAGUGUUGCUGCACAGUUAUUUUCAGGUCUCUCCAGAGAUGUUCGAUCAGGUUCAAGUCCAGGCUCUGGCUGGGCCACUCAAGGACAUUCAGAGACUUGUCCCGAAUCCACUCCUGCAUUGUCUUGGUUGUGUGCUUAGGGUUGUUGUCCUAUUGGAAGGUGAACCUUCACCUCAGUCUGAGGUCCUGAGCGCUCUGGAGCAGGUUUUCAUCAAGGAUCUCUCUGUACUUUGCUCCGUUCAUCUUUCCCUCGAUCCUGUCUAAGCCCCCAGUCCCUGCCGCUGAAAAACAUACCCACAGCAUGAUGCUGCCACCAGCAUGCUUCACCGUAGGGAUGGAGCCAGGUUUCCUCCAGACGUGACGCUUGGCAUUCAGGCCAAAGAGUUCAAUCUUGGUUUCAUCAGACGAGAUAAUCUUGUUUCUCAUGGUCUGAGAGUCUUUAGGUGCCUUUUGGCAAACUCCAAGCAGGCUGUCAUGUGCCUUUUACUGAGGAGUGGCUUCCGUCUGGCCACCCUACCAUAAAGGCCUGAUUGUUGGAGUGCUGCAGAGAUGGUUGUCCUUUUGGAAGGUUUUCCCAUCUCCACAGAGGAACUCUGGAGCUCUGUCAGAGUGACCAUCGGGUUUUUGUCACCUCCCUGACCAAGGCCCUUCUCUCCCGAUUUCUCAGUUUGGCUGGGUGACCAGCUCUAGGAAGAGUCUUGGUGGUUCCAAACAUCAUCCAUUUCAGAAUGAUGGAGGCCACCGUGUUCUUGGGGACCUUCAAAGCUGCAGAAUUGUUAUGGUACCCUUCCCCAGAUCUGUGCCUCGACAAGGGGCACUGUAUGCCUGCAUUUGCGCGCAGGCCAGGUAGCCUUAAGGCCUACUUCUAUGCGUGUGCAUCCUUACUCAACAUUGACCGGAGCGCUCCACACAGAAAACAAUGGCUAAAUUGACAAAACCCGUAAAUGGAAUGAAAUAAACCAAGUUUCUCACAAGUGUUUCCAGAGUGCACAACCUAUGCUACAAUGUGUCCACUCCUACAAUGAUAACGUGAAUACUGGUAUGAUAAUAUUGAAUGCAUUAACAGAAAUUACCGUAAUCAAAGUAACAAACAUUGUAGAUUAGAAAUGGUAGGAAUGAACAGUAAAUGUACUACUGGUGAUAUAUGUAAUGGGGAAUUGAUAUACGCUAACAAUCAAACGCAAACAAUUCACACAAUGAAGUUAUGAAACAAUGAAUGUGCACAAAUUGGUGGGAGAGAGCGCAUUCUGGAGAGAGAAGUGCAUUGUGCAUCUGGGAGCAUGGUCAAUCUGACGUCUGCAUUGGCCAGCAGAAGUCAGGGCAUUCAUACUAGCUUUUGUCAAGGAAGUGAGUGUGUGUUUUUUACAGGAUGUACCACCUCCACCUACCGUCAACCAAUCAUGUCAAUGCGGAGCUAUACAGAGCCUUCCUCAUUGUUAGAAAAUUUGGGAGGCGCAUGGCGAUGCGGUAUGGAGCUCGGUUUGGCCUCUGCAUGCCUCUGGAGGCUCCACAAUUGUCACACCCUCCAUAUGGAUGCUCCCGCCACAUUUUCGGAUCAAGCAUAAAUUGGCUUUUAGUGUAGGCUUCCACAAUGGAUUAGUUCACUGAGAUGGGCGCAAAUAUAUAUUUGUUACUGCUCGACUAAAACAAUCUCUGUCGACCAACAGCCUAACGACCAAACAAUCGAUCAGUCGACUAAUUGGGGUCAGCCCUAAUCAUUACACAGGUGCACCUUGUGCUGGGGACAGUGAAAGGCCAAAAAUUUAAAAUGUGCAGUUUUGUCACACAACACAAUGCCACAGAUGUCUCAAGUUUUGAGGGAACAUGCAAUUGGCAUGCUGACUGCAUACAUGUCCACCAGAGCUGUUCCCAGAGAAUUGAAUGUUAAUUUCUCUACCAUAAGCCACCUCCAACGUUGUUUUAAAGAGUAUCGGCAGUACAUCCAACCGGCCUCACAACUGCAGAGCAUGUGUAUGGCGUCGUGUGGGUAAGCAGUUUGCUGAUGUCAACAUUGUAAAGAGAGUGCUCCAUGGUGGCGGUGGGGCUAUGGUAUGGGCAGGCAUAAGCUACGGACAGUGAACACAAUUGCAUUUUAUCGAUGGCAAUUUCAAUGCAUUGAAUGCACAAAAAUACCAUGACGGUAAUACCUGCUUGGUAAUUCAACCAAGCAUACUAUAAGUUUAGAUAGCUGGCUGCUAGACUAAUUUAUCAAUCUAAAUAAAUGUAUCUGACAUGGGCUAAUUGAAUGACUGCUGAUGCACAACCAAAUUUCGAAAUUGCACCAAUUAUUCUAACUCUCAACAGUAAGUUGAGACCCCGAUUGAGUUACACAUUUUUUUUUUUGGUGUGUGAGUGAAAUUGGUUCGCGGGCCUACAAACACUGACACAUUCUCCAGAGUAACCCCUCGCUCAAAGACUUUGCGUCUAACCGUCCCCUGAUAUGCUUUAGGAGGGGUUGCAAUAUCAUAGUCCGCGUCGUGCACAGUGGGCUCCCGAAUCCUGCUCCUGUGCCCUAUACCUGGCUCCCAGGUCCCCCCCAAUGGUUUGGAAAGUUCUCUUUCCUCCAGAGGGGGAAAUAUUGUGAAGAAAUUGUUAGAGGCACUUUGGAUCGAGCGCUUCGAUUGCGUUGAGCCAAAGGGUCUGACUGAACAGCUCUCUUUCUCAUCUUUUUUGUAAAUAAGUCCUUCUUUUAUGUCUUUCUUUUGUUAUUCAAGUGGAAUGUAUGUGUAGGAAUCUUGAAUGAUGUUCAUACUCUUGUUUGAAUAACCUGUCUAAUUGCUACUACUGACAGUAUUGACAUGUUUGAUUGACAUGACUAGUGGGACACUCCCCUGCGAGGGUAUAUAGGUGCCUUUUUCUACUCAAGGCUCUGAAGGCUUUUCAUGCCAAACGUAAGCCUAUUGUUUGUCUGUUCCGUCAAUAAAUUGAUCAGAUUUACUAGAAAGAGAAUGCUCCUUUUUCUUUAUUCUCCUUGUUAGUCACAAGUCGAAGUAUCCUGGUGUAUGGAAUGUUUUUUGAAUUUCAAGUCCCUCAGUUGAGCACCUGAUUCCCCUUUUUUGUUUAAGCUGGGCUGAAGCGUGUUUGGGUAUACUUUUGUUUUUCAUCGUACAGUAGAGGUAUGUCUUAUCUUACACUGGCACCUUUUCUGUUGGCUCCCAGGAGAUAACACUCCCAGAGAGAGCAGCCCUUUCAUCAACAACACUGACCAUGACCGAGGAAACUACUACGAUGGCAAGAACAUGGCUCUCUUUGAGGUAUACCACAUGUCAAUGCUUUUGAUAUCAUAAUGUCAUUACAAUGAGGGGAAAAAAGUAUUUGAUCCCCUGCUGAUUUUGUACGUUUGCCCACUGACAAAGAAAUUAUCAGUCUAUAAUUUUAAUGGUAGGUUUAUUUGAACAGUGAGAGACAGAAUAACAACAACAAAAUCCAGAAAGACGCAUGUCAAAAAUGUUAUAAAUUGAUUUGCAUUUUAAUGAGAGAAAUAAGUAUUUGACCCCCUCUCAAUCAGAAAGAUUUCUGGCUCCCAGGUGUCUUUUUAUACAGAUAAUGAACUGAGAUUAGGAGCACACUCUUAAAGGGAGUGCUCCUAAUCUCAGCUUGUUACCUGUAUAAAAGACACCUGUCCACAGAAGCAAUCAAUCAAUCAGAUUCCAAACUCUCCACAUAUGGCCAAGGCCAAAGAGCUCUCCAAGGAUGUCAGGGACAAGAUUGUAGACCUACACAAGGCUGGAAUGGGCUACAAGACCAUAGCCAAGCAGCUUGGUGAGAAGGUGACAACAGUUGGUGCGAUUAUUCGCAAAUGGAAGAAACACAAAAGAACUGUCAAUCUCCCUCGGCCUGGGCCUCCAUGCAAGAUCUCACCUCAUAGAGUUGCAAUGAUCGUGAGAACGGUGAGGAAUCAGCCCAGAACUACACGGGAGGAUCUUGUCAAUGAUCUCAAGGAAGCUGGGACCAUAGUCACCAAGAAAACAAUUGGUAACACACUACGCCGUGAGGGACUGAAAUCCUGCAGCGCCCGCAAGGUCCCCCUGCUCAAGAAAGCACAUACAGGGCCAUCUGAAGUUUGCCAAUGAACAUCUGAAUGAUUCAGAGGAGAACUGGGUGAAAGUGUUGUGGUCAGAUGAGACCAAAAUUGAGCUCUUUGGCAUCAACUCAACUCGCCGUGUAUGGAGGAGGAGGAAUGCUGCCUAUGACCCCAAGAACACCAUCCCCACCGUCAAACAUGGAGGUGGAAACAUUAUGCUUUGGGGGUGUUUUUCUGCUAAGAGGACAGGACAACUUCACCGCAUCAAAGGAACGAUGGACAGGGCCAUGUACUGUCAAAUCUUGGGUGAGAACCUCCUUCCCUCAGCCAGGGCAUUGAAAAUGGGUCGUAUAUGGGUAUUCCAGCAUGACAAUGACCCAAAACACACGGCCAAGGCAACAAAGGAGUGGCUCAAGAAGAAGCACAUUAAGGUCCUGGAGUGGCCUAGCCAGUCUCUAGACCUUAUUCCCAUAGAAAAUCUGUGGAGGGAGCUGAAGGUUCGAGUUGCCAAACGUCAGCCUCGAAACCUUAAUGUCUUGGAGAAGAUCUGCAAAGAGGAGUGGGCCAAAAUCCCUCCUGAGAUGUGUGCAAACCUGGUGGCCAACUACAGGAAACGUCUGACCUCUGUGAUUGCCAACAAGGGUUUUGCCACCAAGUACAAGGUCAUGUUUUGCAGAGGGGUCAAAUACUUAUUUCCCUCAUUAAAAUGCAAAUCAAUUUAUAACAUUUUUUACAUGCGUUUUUCUGGAUUUUUUUGUUGAUAUUCUGUCUUUCACUGUUCAAAUAAACCUACCAUUAAAAUUAUAGACUGAUCAUUUCUUUGUCAGUGGGCAAACGUACAAAAUCAGCAGGGGAUCAAAUACUUUUUUCCCUCACUGUAAUUACCACAGGUUUUAUGCCACUUAACCUAAAGUGGGAGCUAAAUGCUUACCUGGAUUAUGUUGUAGACUACAUAUCAUCCAAACGUGUUGCAUUUGUUUCUUUUAUACUAGGAUGUCUUCAAUGCCAUGGUGUCUCGAUUUCAAUGUCGUUGUGUCCUUAUUGACAGGAAGAGAUUGAGAGCAACCCCAUGGUGUCCUCUCUCCUCAACAAGCUGGCCAACUACACCAACCUCACCCAGGGGGUCACUGAGCACGAGGAGUACGAGAAUGAGGAGGGGGUCACAAAGAUUAGAGUCAAGGUACAGUAUGACCUUUGUGCAUUACUGAGAAGUCAUCCCAGUGGUUCAGUAGAAGACAGACAAUUGUAUUAACUCUCAAUCCACUUGACAAGAAAAUUGUUGUUGUAUCAGAAAAAAAGCUUUAUUAUUAUGGUGCAAACCAACCUUGGCUGGUGAGUGUGAUGGCUGUGCAGCAGCUCCUCUGAGAACAGAGUGAGAAUUUGAGAAUAUAAUGCAGCAUUCUUGUGACCACAGGCUGGGUUCUCUCAGGCUUCUUUUUGGUACAACUGAUGCCAGGCCUCGAGCAAACUUCUUUUAUAUCUGCCUUCACAUCCUUUUAGCUGUUGCUACCAAUACCAACCAAAGAAAUACCCCUACUGUUGCUCUUUAGCGUCAGAGCACCACCGCAAGGCCACAGAAACCAUGCCUCUGUCCCCUGACAAUUACUCCAGCACACCUCCUUGCUGGAGAUCUGAUUGGCUUGGGGAGGGAGGUUGUGGAGACAAAGAGUGGAUCGUAAAGAUGCCACUCCAGGUUGUGAAUGGUCUAUGAACAAGGGCCACAUUGACACUGGUAAAAAGGCGUACAUGAGAACCAACAGCAGUAUUGAGAGAGGGCUGUGUUGUCUUAUGGGAUAUAUGGUAUGUACUGUACUGUAUUUAUGCAGUGGCUGCUUUUUUUGGGUGGGGGGGGGGCACUGUUGAUGUUAUUGUAGGUGUGUUUGGGAGGGUUCUCUGAUCUCAAAAGAGUAGGGGGCGUUGUAACUUUGUGGGGCAUACAGGGGGGGGGGGGGGCGCCUGUGUCAGCAAUCGGUGGAUAACACUGAAAUUGUUAAUUUAUCCUGUGGUGAUCAGGGCAUGGAUUGAAUGGCUGUGAUGAGGUCAAAACAGAUCAUUGUAAAGGUAGCCUGUUACUGUACACUGUGUAGCAUUGUGUUUGGGUGUUAUAUUUGGAUCGUCCUGCUUUCCGAGCUGUAUUACAUGCAAACAGAAACGAUAUAGUAUUAUUUUACUGACUCGUUCUGUUGAUUUCUCUGGAGGACUGCAAGGAUCUCAACGUCAUGUUUUCAACUUAAAAUGCUUUACUGUUAUUAUAUGUGAGAAUGAAGGGGUCAUGCUGACAAUGGGCUGAGCACCGAGGAAGGAUUAAUCUCAGUUAACCCAGGACUAAAAUGUUGCGUAAUUUGUACCAGUGAUGUUUACUUAGACUGUCCACAAGAGAUUAAGGAAGGAUUUACUUCUUAUGUUUUCUUAAAUGCAGAAAGGACAUUGCAAUGUAUUUGAGCAAUAAAUCUGUCCACUCACUGUCUGAAAUGCAUGCCAGUGCAAACUUAAUCCUAUGUCCACUCUCUCCAUAGACCCCAGAAAUUGAAUUAUUGAAGUUCUAAAUUCCAAACUGUGACGCACAUUUAUUCUGCAAUCAAUUUGUCAGUUGCGUUUACAUAAAGUUAUCAGACAAUAUUUGUAAAACUUCACUUACAAACACAAGAAGAUGGAUGGGGGAUGGAACAGGCUUAAAACAAAACAACUUGUGUGGUGAGAAUUGUUGUAGGGGGAUUGGGGUGGUAUGGUUUGCAUGUGACGGUAUUGUAUACGUUUAGUGUAAUGAGUAACCUAGCUAAAUGAUGGGGUUUCCUGAAACUGGGUUUGAAUCGUAUCACUACAGGGCACAGUUAAGCAGCUGACCUCACACCAUUGACGUCACCAUUGUGUUUUUUAUGCUGCCAGUGACCGCGUUCCAACUGAGAUGGUUUGAUGGUUGCUAAUGAGCCAAUUAUAAAAUAAAUAUUUACCAAAUAGUGUACGGCUCUAAGUUUGUCAGCUCUUUUUGCCCACAUUACAUGUGUAGACUAAAAAUAAUCUGCCGGAUAAUGCCAAUUGACCUUGUAAUCUCAGCUGUAAAAUGUAUUGUACAGGAGAUUUAAUCAAGCUAGUCGUCUUGACUACUUUCGAAGGUUAAAAAGUAUUGACAGGAGACAGAAUGCAAUCGGGCCAUCAUCUAAUUGGCCUUCACAUGACUCUUACAGAAUUUCCACGUGGACGGAGAUAUUGGACAUUUUAUCCAAGUCUACUGGAGGAGAAUUUAUUCUUAACUAAGUCAAAUAAUUCUUAACUGAAUUUUUCCAGUGCAAUAUAGGUUUAAGCAAAUCCCCUUAUUGUUUGGGAUACCUUUAAAUGUACCUUCAGAGGUCAUUCAAUAUUCAUCAGUAAAAAAACAAACAGUUUCUGUCUAAAGAGACAAGACUAACAAGGGAAAUACACAAACUAAUAGUACAGGUAGAUAGCAAUAAAAACGGUACUACAGAGACACGAAUAACAAGUUAGAGGAAAACAAAAAGAACUGGAGGAACUUAUUCAAGGAUGAUCUAAUGUAAUCUAUUACGAAAAUAAAGCAAACUGGAUGGAAUAUGGAGAAAAAUGCAACAAAUUCUUCCUGAAUCUCCAACACAGGAAUGCUGCCAAAAUGAAUUUGCAGAAACCCGUUACUAAAGACGGAGUCAGCUAUGAUUCUCUGAAUUAUAUUUUAAAAGAGGAAGCUAAAUAUUUUAAGCAGAAGUUUUACAGAGGAAUAACUUUUUCAGACUGAAUUCUAUCAGUCUGGAAAAAACCCAGGGCUUGAAGUUAAACGGGUAGAGGUAUAUCAAGCCUUUUUUAUAUACUCAAAGCUCCAUUAUUAGCAUGUUUUAUCUACUAUAGAAAUGGUAGUCUGUCAGGUACUCAGUAGAAAGUUCUGAUUUUACUAUUAUUAAAACAAGACCCAGAUGGCAAAUCUAAAGAUCCAGUCCAUCUAAAAAACUGGAGGCCUCUUACACGUCAAUGUUGUGAUUCAAAAAUACUAGUGAAAUAUAUAGCACUCAGAAUUAAAAAGGUUUUACCGGGUAUUGUUUAUCCUGAUCAGACAGGUUUUUUACAUGGAUGAUACAUUGGAGAUAAUAUACGACAACUAGUAGAAAUAAUAGAACAACAUGAAACAUCUAAGAAACCAGGCCUGCUAUUUAUAGCAGAUUUUUAAAAGGACUUUGAUAAAGUAAGACUGGAUUUUAUAUACAUUGCAUUCGUAAAAUAUUCAGACCCCUUGACUUUUUCCACAUUUUGUUACGUUACAGCCUUAUUCUAAAAUUGAUUAAAUUGUUGUUUCACCAAAUCUACACACAAUACCCCAUUUUGUGUGUGUGCAAAUGUAUAUAUAUAAAAAACGGAAAUAUCACAUUUGCAUAAGUAUUCAGACCCUUUACUCAGUACUUUCAAAUCAAAUGUUAUUUGUCAGAUACACGUGUUUAGCAGAUGUUAUUGCGGGUGUAGCGAAAUGCUUGUGCUUCUAGCUCCGACAGUGCAGUAAUAUCUAAAAAGUAAUAUCUAACAACUUCACAACAUAUACCCAAUGCACACAAAUCUAAGUAAGGAAUGGAAUUAUGAAUAUAUACAUAUAUGGACGAGCAAUGACAGAGCGGCAUGGACUAAAAUACAGUAGAAUAUUAUAGAAUGCAGUAUAUACAUAUGAGAUGACUAAUGCAAGAUAUGUAAACAUUAUUAAAGUGACUAGUGUUCCAUUUCUUAAAGUGGUCAGUGAUUUCAAUAGGCAGCAGCAGCCUCUAAUGUGCUAGUGAUGGCUAUUUAACAGUCUGAUGGCCUUGAGAUAGAAGCUGUUUUUCAGUCUCUCGGUCCCCGCUUUGAUGCACCUGUACUGACCUUGCCUUCUGGAUGAUAGCGGGGUGAACAGGCAGUGGCUCAGGUAGUUGAUCUCCUUGAUGAUCUUUUUGGCCUUCCUGUGACAUCGGGUGCUGUAGGUGUCCUGGAGGGUGGGUAGUUUGCCCCCAGUAAUGUAUUCGGCAGACCGCACCACUCUCUGGAGAGCCCUGCGGUUGCGGGUGGUGCAGUUGCCGUACCAGGUGGUGAUGCAGCCCAACAGGAUGCUCUUAAUUGUGCAUCUGUAAAAGUUUGUGGGUUUUAAGUGCCAAGCCAAAUUUCUUCAGCCUCCUGAGGUUGAAGAGUCUCUGUUGCGUCUUCUUCACCACACUGUCUGUGUGGGUGAAUCAAUUCAGUUUGUCAGUGAUGUGUACGCCAAGGAACUUGAAGCAUUCUACCUUCUCCACUGCUGUCCCGUCGAUGUGGAUAGGGGGGUGCACCCUCUGCUGUUUCCUUAAGUCCACGAUCAUCUCCUUUGUUUUGUUGACAUUGAGUGAGAGGUUAUUUUCCUGGCGCCACACUCCCAGAGCCCUCACCUCCUCCCUGUAGGCUGUCUCGUCAUUGUUGGUAAUCAAGCCUACUACUGUUGUGUCGUCUGCAAACUUGAUGAUUUGAGUUGGAGGCGUGCUUGGCCACGCAGUCAUGGGUGAACAGGGAGUACAGGAGGGGGCUGAGCAUGCACCCUUGAGGGGCCCCAGUGUUGAGGAUCAGUGAAGUGGAGAUGUUGUUUCCUACCUUCACCACCUGGGGGUGGCAUGUCAGGAGGUCCAGGACCCAGUUGCACAGGGUGGGGUUCAGACCCAGGGCCUCCAGCUUAAUGAUGAGCUUGGAGGGUACUAUGGUGUUGAAUGCUGAGUUAUAGACAAUGAACAGCAUUCUUACAUACAGUGGGGAGAACAAGUAUUUGAUACACUGCCGAUUUUGCAGGUUUUCCUACUUACAAAGCAUGUAGAGGUCUGUAUUUUAUCAUAGGUACACUUCAACUGAGAGACGGAAUCUAAAACAAAAAUCCAGAAAAUCACAUUGUAUGAUUUUUAAGUAAAUAAUUUGCAUUUUAUUGCAUGACAUAAGUAUUGGAUCACCUACCAACCAGUAAGAAUUCCGGCUCUCACAGACCUGUUAGUUUUUUUAAAAGAAGCCCUCCUGUUCUCCACUCAUUACCUGUAUUAACUGCACCUGUUUGAACUCGUUGCCUGUAUAAAAGACACCUGUCCACACACUCAAUCAAACAGACUCCAACCUCUCCACAAUGGCCAAGACCAGAGAGCUGUGUAAGGACAUCAGGGAUAAAAUUGUAGACCUGCACAAGGCUGGGAUGGGCUACAGGACAAUAGGCAAGCAGCUUGGUGAGAAGGCAACAACUGUUGGCGCAAUUAGUAGAAAAUGGAAGAAGUUCAAGAUGACGGUCAAUCACCCUCGGUCUGGGGCUCCAUGCAAGAUCUCACCUCGUGGGGUAUCAAUGAUCAUGAGGAAGGUGAGGGAUCAGCCCAGAACUACACGGCAGGACCUGGUCAAUGACCUGAAGAGAGCUGGGACCACAGUCUCAAAGAAAACCAUUAGUAACACACUACGCCGUCAUGGAUUAAAAUCCUGCAGCGCACGCAAUGUCCCCCUGCUCAAGCCAGCGCAUGUCCAGGCCCGUCUGAAGUUUGCCAAUGACCAUCUGGAUGAUCCAGAGGAGGAAUGGGAGAAGGUCAUGUGGUCUGAUGAGACAAAAAUAUAGCUUUUUGGUCUAAACUCCACUCGCCGUGUUUGGAGGAAGAAGAAGGAUGAGUACAACCCCAAGAACACCAUCCCAACCGUGAAGCAUGGUGGUGGAAACAUAAUGGAUGCUUUUUUAUGCAAAGGGGACAGGACGACUGCACCGUAUUGAGGGGAGGAUGGAUGGGGCCAUGUAUCGCGAGAUCUUGGCCAACAACCUCCUUCCCUCAGUAAGAGCAUUGAAGAUGGGUCGUGGCUGGGUUUUCCAGCAUGACAACGACCCGAAACACACAGCCAGGGCAACUAAGGAGUGGCUCCGUAAGAAGCAUCUCAAGGUCCUGGAGUGGCCUAGCCAGUCUCCAGGCCUGAACCCAUUAGAAAAUCUUGCUGAAAGUCCGCAUUGCCCAGCGACAGCCCCGAAACCUGAAGGAUCUGGAGAACGUCUGUAUGGAGGAGUGGGCCAAAAUCCCUGCUGCAGUGUGUGCAAACCUGGUCAAGACCUACAGGAAACUUAUGAUCUCUGUAAUUGCAAACAAAGGUUUCUGUACCAAAUAUUAAGUUCUGCUUUUCUGAUGUAUCAAAUACUUAUGUCAUGCAAUAAAAUGCAAAUUAAUUACUUAAAAAUCAUACAAUGUGAUUUUCUGGAUUUUUGUUUUAGAUUCCGUCUCUCACAGUUGAAGUGUACCUAUGAUAAAAAUUACAGACCUCUACAUGCUUUGUAAGUAGGAAAACCUGCAAAAUCGGCAGUGUAUCAAAUACUUGUUCUCCCCACUGUUUGUAUUCCUCUUGUCCAGGUGGGAUAGGACAGUGUGCAGUGUGAUGGCGAUUGCAUCGUCUGUGGAUCUAUUGGGGCGGUAAGCAAAUUGAAGUGGGUCUAGGGUGACCGGUAAGGUAGAGGUGAUAUGACAACAAAAAAAGAUGAUCCUUGACUAGUCUCUCAAAGCACUUCAUGAUGACAGAGGUGAGUGCUACGGGACGAUAGUCAUUUAGUCCAGUCCCUUUUGCUUUCUUGGGUACUUGAACAAUGGUGGCCAUCUUGAAGCAUGCGGGGACAGCAGACUGGGAUAGGGAGAGAUUGAAUAUGUCUGUAAACACACCAGCCAGCUGGUCUGCGCAUGCUCUGAGGACGCGGCUAGGGAUGCUGUCUGGGCCGGCAGCCUUGCGGGGGUUAACAUGCUUAAAUGUCUUACUCACGUCGGCCACGGAGAAGGACCUUUUGGCAGUGAUUACAUCCUCGAGGCUUCUUGGGUAUGACGCUACAAGCUUGGGGCACAUGUAUUUGGCGAGUUUCUCCCAUUCUUCUCUGCAGAUCCUCUCAAGCUCUGGCAGGUUGUAUGGGGAGCAUCCCUGCACAGCUAUUUUCAGGUCUCUCCAGAGAUGUUCGAGUGGGUUCAAGUCUGGGCUCUGGCUGGGCCACUCAAGGACAUUCAGAGACUUGUCCCGAUGCCAUUCCUGCGUUGUCUUGGCUGUGUGCUUAGGGUUGUUGUCCUUUUAGAAGGUGAACCUCCACCCCAGUCUGAGGUCCUGAGUGCUCUGGAGCAUCUUUCCUUCAAUGAUCUUUCUCUUCCCUUGAUCCUGACUAUUCUCUGCCACUGAAAAACAUCCCAAAGCAUGAUGCUGCCACCACCAUGCUUCACGGUAGGGAUGGUGCCAGGUUUCCUCCAGACGUGACGCUUGGUAUUCAGGCCAAAGAGUUCAAUCUUGGUUUCAUCAGACCAGAUAAUCUUGUUUCUCAUGGUCUGAGAGUCCUUUAGGUGCCUUUUGGCAAACUCAAAGCGGACUGUCAUGUGCCUUUUAUUGAAGAGUGGCUUCCGUCUGGCCACUCUACCAUAAAGGCCUGAUUGUUGGAGUGCUGCAGAGAUGGUAGUCUUUCUGGAAGGUUCUCCCAUCUCCCCAGAGGAACUCUGGAGCUCUUUCAGAGUGACAAUUUGGGUUCUUGGUCACCUCCCUGACCAAUGCCCUUGUCUCCCGAUUGCUCAGUUUGGCCGGGCGGCCAGCUCUAGGAAGAGUCUUGGUGGUUCCAAACUUCUUCCAUUUAAAAAUGAUGGAGGCCACUGUGUUCUUGGGGACCUUCAAUGCUGCAUAACUUUUUUGGUACCCUUCCCCAGAUCUGUGCCUUGACACAAUCCUGUCUCGGAGCUCUACGGACAAUUCCUUCGACCUCAUAGCUUGUUUUUUGCUCUGACAUGCACUGUCAACUGUGGGACCUUAUAUAGAAGGUGUGUGCCUUUCCAAAUUAUGUUCAAUCAAUUGAAUCUACCACAGGUGGACUCCAAUCAAGUUGUAGAAAUAUCUCAAGGAUAAUCAAUGGAAACAGGAUGCACCUGAGCUCAAUUUCGAGUCUCAUAGCAAAGGGUCUGAAUACUUAUAAGGUAUUUCAGUUUUUUCUUUUUAAUACAUUUGCUAACAUUUCUAAAAACCUGUUUUUGCUUUGUCAAGAUGGGGUAUUGUGUGGAGAUUGGUUAGGGGAAAAAAACAAUUUUAUAAAUUUUAUAAUAAGGCUGUAAUAUAACAAAAUGUGGAAAAAUUGAAGAGCUCGGGAAAUACUUUCCGAAUGCACUGUAUAAAUGCCUGGAUUUUCUUCAAUUUCAGUGAGACUCUUAUUCAAUGGGUAAAAGUAAUGUAUAGCAACCCCAGGUGUAAAAUAGUAAAUAGUGGCCACUUCUCAGACAGUUUUGAAUUGUCAAGAGGAGUUAAACAAGGGUGUCUGCUGUCACCAUAUCUAUUCGUUAUGGCCAUCAAAAUGCUAACUAUUAAAAUCAGAUCAAAUAACAACAUUAGAGGAUUAGAAAUCCAAGGCUUAAAAACAAAGGUGACCGUGUAUGCCGACGACUCAAGUUUUAUAUUAAGUCCGCAAGCUAGAUCCCUGCAAUAUCUCAUUGAAGGUAACACUUCUGGACUCUCUGGGCUAAAACCUAAUUAUGGUAAGUGUAACAUAUUACGUAUUAAAACAUUAAUUUCAAUAGGUAACUAGUAGAAAUAGACAAGAUCCUGCAACCAUGGAGAGGUAAAUACCGGUCUAUUUAUGGAAGAAUUACACUGAUUAACUCCUUAGUCAUAUCUCAUUUUACUCACUUACAUAUGGCGCUAGCUACUCCUGAAACUUUUUACUUAGAUUACUAAGAAAAGCUUAUCCAUUAUAAAAAAAUGGCCUUUUUGCCUUUGUGCAGAUUGCCAUGUCUAAUUUUCAUUUUUUUUAAAUAAAACCUUUUUCAAAGUAUCUCUCUUUUUCAAACAAGCAUUGCAGAGCUGGUUACAAUACCAAUUUCAUCCCCCUGAAAAGAUAGAAUAAAUAUGACAAUAAAUAUUAUGGUUGAACUCAAAUGUGCCGGUUGAGAAAAUACCUGUAUUUAUGGAAAAUAUAUUUGAAAAAGGGUAUUUUGUUUUUAAAUGAUAUUGGAAUGGUAGAGUUAUGAAUUGUAUGGGAAGGUCUGCUCAAUCGAGCCGAUAGGUCGCUGGUUUGGGUCCCUGUUUUGACUUGGUGGGAGAUCUGUGAACGUGCCCUUGGGUAGGGUGUUGACCCUGGUUGCUUCUGUGGGCCGCUCUGUUAGAUGACUGAAUGUAAUGUAAAUGUUGAGCGGCUUCACUACAGGUAGAUUGUAUGUUUUAAUAUUCAAUAAAUGAAAAAUAAAUAAAAAUAAAAUAAAAUACAGGAUUGUACAAUAUUAUAUUGUAUUGUACUCUUUAUUGCGGCGUUACAGUAUACCUUACAAGGCCCUACUGUACCAUAACCUGACUCAUGGUAAUCCUAUCUCCUCUUCCCUGGCCCUCUACAUUGGCACCUCUAGAGUCCUCAGAUGGGCACAUUCAUCGGUGUGUACCUGCCCUGCAUGCAGAACCUCCUGGGAGUCAUCCUCUUCCUGCGUCUUACCUGGAUCGUUGGCACCGCUGGCAUCAUGGAGUCCUUCGCUAUUGUCGUCAUGUGCUGCACCUGUGUGAGUACUUUUCAAUAGAACUAUGUAAGAGUACUAAGGUGUGAGUAAUAUAGGUCUACAAUACAUCUAGUAUGACUAUUUACUUUCCUCCCUUUUGACUACCGUAAUUUUCGGACUAUAAACCGCGCCUUUUUCCCAUUUUUCGACCCUGCGGCUUAUAUAACGGUGCGGCUAAUCUAUGGAUUUUUACAGCUAACGGCCACUAGAAGACCUCCUAAAUCUAUGGAUUUUACAGGUUACAGUCCACCAACUUUAACUCUAUGGGCUCUAUGACCGGUCCGCGCCCCCCACCUUUAAGCGGCGGGCUCCAGCAGGAAAAGCUGGAGGCCGGAAAAGAGUGAGACGGGUAUCGCGUGGAACCGAGAGUGGUACGAGAGACAGAACGAGAGACAGAACGAGAGCAAGACAGACAGACAUUACGAGAGCGAGACAGUUUGUCUCUUUCCCGACAAUCCCCUCUGUGCACGAACCCUUACAUAUGGUAAUUAAACAUUAAAACACCUGCGGCUUAUAGUCCAGUGCGGCUUAUAUAUGUACACAUCAUUCAAUAUCAUUCAAUUUAGCUGCUGCGGCUUAUACUCCGGUGCGCCUUAUAGUGCGGAAAAUACGGUAUUUACUUUCCUUUCUUUUUUUUCUUCUUUAUUGGGGGUGGGGGAGUUUACCCCCCUUUUUUUCUCCCCAAUUUCGUGGUAUCCAAUUGGUAGUUACAGUCUUGUCCCAUCGCUGCAACUCCCGUACGGACACGGGAGAGGCGAAGGUCGAGAGUCGUGCGUCCUCCGAAACACAACCCAACCUAGCCGCACUGCUUCUUGACACAGUGCCCACUUAACCCGGAAGCCAGCCGCACCAAUGUGCCGGAGGAAACACCGUACACCUGGCGACCGAGUUAGCGUGCCAAACCCUCCCCUACCCUGGACGGCGCUGGGCCAAUUGUGCGCCACCCCAUGGGUCUCCCGGUCGCGGCCGGCUACGACAGAGCUCUAACCAGGAUCUCUAGUGGCACAGCUAGCACUGCGAUGCAGUGCCUUAGACCACUGCGCCACUCGGGAGGCACUUUACUUUUCUUUCUUUUGGGGAGUUUCAUGUACUAUACUGUAGUAUUCUCUGUCUAUCUUAGCCAUCUCAUUUUUCACUCCCUGAGGAAAUUGUAUCCAUACACCCAACAAUGCUAGUAUUUUGUAUUUUUUCCUCCCUUACAGACCAUGCUGACAGCGAUAUCAAUGAGCGCUAUUGCAACAAAUGGUGUAGUGCCAGGUAAUGCCAGUUCAACUUAUUUUCACCUUGAAUAAGAAACCUCAACCUGUGAUUUUAUGGAGACAUGGUUAUUUAACACUAUAGUACUGUCAAUAUUUUACCUUGGUGGUUUACUUUGGUGGUUUUACCUGGAUCUGUUCUCUUUCCCCAUGCAGCCGGAGGCUCCUACUACAUGAUCUCCAGGUCUUUGGGACCAGAGUUUGGUGGGGCUGUGGGCUUGUGCUUCUACCUUGGCACAACGUUCGCUGGCUCCAUGUACAUUCUGGGUACUAUUGAAAUCCUACUGGUAAGGAUGGAACAGAAUGCCUGGUCAUGAUAUACUGUAGGAUGUACACAAUGUUUCGAGCCAGGCGUUUUUAAUGACCGCAUGACUCUUCCAGAAGUUGAUACCUUGUUAUAGCCUAUAACAAUGGCCCAGAGUUUUUCCUGAACAUGUCACAUGGUCAGGCCCAAACAAUGUUUCAUGAAGUUAGUGUCCUAGCUGUCUCCUAUUCUUGUUCCAGACGUACAUCGUGCCGAACAAUGCAGUGUUUGUGGCAGAGAAGAAGGAGGACGAGACGGAAGCCAUGCUGAAUAACAUGCGUGUGUACGGGACCUGCUGUCUGGCACUUAUGGCUCUAGUGGUGUUUGUGGGGGUCAGAUAUGUCAACAAGCUGGCCCUGGUCUUCCUGACCUGUGUGGUGCUCUCCAUCAUGGCUAUCUACGCCGGAGUCAUCAAGACCGUCAUAGAACGACCAGACUUCCCGUGAGUUCGAUUUAUGAGUUAUAGUUAGUCUAUUGGCAUAGGAAAUGCUUGUGCCUAUGUUUGUCUAGUCAGAGUAAUAUGCACACUGUAUAUGACCAGUCAUCUGAUCUUAUAGGGCUGAUAUCAGAGAGACACAUAUUAAUAGACUCUUUUAUGCAGCGGUUACAGUGGCCAAAAGGAAAAUAUUAUAUUUUCUUUACACAAGAAAAUCUCCUUAUGGAUAUUUGUAUGUUUCCUACAGAAUCUGUCUCCUGGGGAACCGUUCCUUGCAGAACCACAACUUUGAGAAGUGUUUGAAGACUGAGGUGAUCAAGAACGUGACGUAUACCACCAAGCUGUGGGAGCUGUUCUGUGGCAGCCCCCACCUCAACGCUACCUGUGAUGAAUAUUUUACCCUGAACAACGUGACUGAGAUCCAGGGCAUCCCAGGCCUGCUCAGCGGGGUCAUCAAAGGUCAGCCACAACCCACUGUCUGGGGAACAUUACUACACUGGACAGGCUUGGUGAAGACCAACACAGUAGAAAUGUUACCAGGCCUACUACAUUCUUACUACUAGUUACUCACUUACCAUGGUCAUAUCAUAACUUAUCAAAGUAUUAUCAUGAACAACGCAGACUGGGAAGAGACACACACACACAGGCACACACACACGCUAACACACGUACAUUGUAAUGUUAUAAUAUUGUUGCAUUGUGGUAUUAUACAUGUUGUAUUGUAGAUAUUUAGUGGUAGAGUAGUGGUGUAAUAAUGUGUUACAGUGAGGGAAAAAAAGUAUUUGAUCCCCUUUGCCCACUGACAAAGACAUGAUCAGUCUAUAAUUUGAAUGGUAGGUUUAUUUGAACAGUGAGAGACAGAAUAACAACAUAAAAUUCCAGAAAAACGCAUGUCAAAAAUGUUAUAAAUUGAUUUGCAUUUUAAUGAGGGAAAUAAGUAUUUGACCCCUCUGCAAAACAUGACUUAGUACUUGGUGGCAAAAAAUCACAGAGGUCAGACGUUUCUUGUAGUUGGCCACCAGGUUUGCACACAUCUCAGGAGGGAUUUUGUCCCACUCCUCUUUGCAGAUCUUCUCCAAGUCAUUAAGGUUUCGAGGCUGACGUUUGGCAAUUAGAGGAUGAGGAUCUCAUCUCGGUACCUAAUGGCAGUCAGGCUUCCUCUGGCGAGCACAUGGAGGCUCCUGAGUGGCGCAGUGGUCUAAGGCACUGCAUCGCAGUGCUAACUGUGCCACUAGAGAUCCUGGUUCGAAUCCAGGCUCUGUCGCAGCCGGCCGCGACCGGGAGACUCAUGGGCGGCGCACAAUUGGCCCAGCGUCGUCCAGGGUAGGGGAGGGAAUUGUUGCCCUCCUACGGCCUCCUCCACGUCUCCUGAUGUACUGGCCUGUCUCCUGGUAGCGCCUCCAUGCUCUGGACACUACGCUGACAGACACAGCAAACCUUCUUGCCACAGCUCGCAUUGAUGUGCCAUCCUGGAUGAGCUGCACUACCUGAGCCACUUGUGAAAUGUAUUGUCAAUCAGUGUUGCUUCCUAAGUGGACAGUUUGAUUUCACAGAAGUGUGAUUGACUUGGAGUUACAUUGUGUUGUUUAAGUGUUCCCUUUAUUUUUUUGAGCAGUGUAUUUUUUAAAUGGUGAUGUAGUUGCCUUAAUCUUGUUUGGACCCCAGCAACCGUAGCUGCUGCCUUGGCAGUGGCUAAUGGGGAUCCUUAUACAAAUUCCAGGUUUGUCUUCUCAACCUGUUGUUUGAAUUAGGAAGUCAAAAUAGUUCUAUCUUUUUUUGUGUUAUUUCUCAAUUGGAAUACAUGUGUUAUUGCAUAAUACAAAUGUUUAAAUGGCUAAUGACAAAACAUUUGGAUAUAAACAGUUUAUAGUCUACUAUAAUGUGACUCCUCUGUGUCCCCCUUAGACAACAUGUGGGGUGACUACGGGCCGAGUGGGAUGUUGGUAGAGAAGAAGAAUCUGUCGUCUGUCCCAGCCCAGGAUAACUCCAGAGAUAUCUACAAGCCUUACAUCUUCAAUGACAUCUCAACCUUCUUCACUCUGCUGGUGGGAAUCUACUUCCCCUCUGUCACAGGUUGGUAUAUCGGCCAUAUUGGCACCAUAGACAUAAUGUAGCUACCAUAAUAUUACAUUAUUUAUUGAUUGGCACCCUCAAGCAGAUUGUAGCGGUGCUACUGUAACUUACGGUUUGGAAGAACUAUGUAUUUUCUGUUAUGGUGUUUUCUGCUUCAUGUAUGAUAGUGAUUUCCUGAAUUUCAACUUCUGUACAGUGGGGGAAAAAAGUAUUUAGUCAGCCACCAAUUGUGCAAGUUCUCCCACUUAAAAAGAUGAGAGGCCUGUAAUUUUCAUCAUAGGUACACGUCAACUAUGACAGACAAAAUGAGAAAAAUAAAUCCAGAAAAUCACAUUGUAGGAUUUUUUAUGAAUUUAUUUGCAAAUUAUGGUGGAAAAUAAGUAUUUGGUCAAUAACAAAAGUUUCUCAAUACUUUGUUAUAUACCCUUUGUUGGCAAUGACACAGGUCAAACGUUUUCUGUAAGUCUUCACAAGGUUUUCACACACUGUUGCUGGUAUUUUGGCCCAUUCCUCCAUGCAGAUCUCCUCUAGAGCAGUGAUGUUUUGGGGCUGUCGCUGGGCAACACAGACUUUCAACUCCCUCCAAAGAUUUGCUAUGGGAUUAAGGUCUGGAGACUGGCUAGGCCACUCCAGGACCUUGAAAUGCUUCUUACGAAGCCACUCUUUCGUUGCCCGGGCGGUGUGUUUGGGAUCAUUGUCAUGCUGAAAGACCCAGCCACGUUUCAUAUUCAAUGCCCUUGCUGAUGGAAGGAGGUUUUCACUCAAAAUCUCACGAUACAUGGCCCCAUUCAUUCUUUCCUUUACACGGAUCAGUCGUCCUGGUCCCUUUGCAGAAAAACAGCCCCAAAGCAUGAUGUUUCCACCCCCAUGCUUCACAGUAGGUAUGGUGUUCUUUGGAUGCAACUCAGCAUUCUUUGUCCUCCAAACACGACGGGUUGAGUUUUUACCAAAAAGUUGUAUUUUGGUUUCAUCUGACCAUAUGACAUUCUCCCAAUCCUCUUCUGGAUCAUCCAAAUGCACUCUAGCAAACUUCAGACGGGCCUGGACAUGUACUGGCUUAAGCAGGGGGACACGUCUCGCACUGCAGGAUUUGAGUCCCUGGCGGCGUAGUGUGUUACUGAUGGUAGGCUUUGUUACUUUGGUCCCAGCUCUCUGCAGGUCAUUCACUAGGUCCCCCCGUGUGGUUCUGGGAUUUUUGCUCACCGUUCUUAUGAUCAUUUUGACCCCACGGGGUGAGAUCUUGCGUGGAGCCCAAGAUCGAGGGAGAUUAUCAGUGGUCUUGUAUGUCUUCCAUUUCCUAAUAAUUGCUCCCACAGUUGAUUUCUUCAAACCAAGCUGCUUACCUAUUGCAGAUUCAGUCUUCCCAGCCUGGUGCAGGUCUACAAUUUUGUUUCUGGUGUCCUUUGACAGCUCUUUGGUCUUGGCCAUAGUGGAGUUUGGAGUGUGACUGUUUGAGGUUGUGGACAGGUGUCUUUUAUACUGAUAACAAGUUCAAACAGGUGCCAUUAAUACAGGUAACGAGUGGAGGACAGAGGAGCCUCUUAAAGAAGUUACAGGUCUGUGAGAGGCAGACAUUUUGCUUGUUUGUAGGUGACCAAAUACUUAUUUUCCACCAUAAUUUGCAAAUAAAUUCAUUAAAAAUCCUACAAUGUGAUUUUCUGGAAUUUUUUUCUCCUCAUUUUGUCUGUCAUAGUUGACUUGUACCUAUGAUGAAAAUUACAGGCCUCUCUCAUCUUUUUAAGUGGGAGAACUUGAACAAUUGGUGGCUGACUAAAUACUUUUUCCCCCACUGUAUGUGUGUGUUUCUGUCACAGGAAUCAUGGCGGGCUCCAACAGAUCUGGAGACCUGAGAGAUGCCCAGAGAUCUAUUCCCAUCGGCACCAUCCUGGCCAUAGCAACUACUUCUUUUAUUUGUAUCCUUGGGGAAACCGGUGUGGUGUGUUUGUGUGUGGUGUGUGUCCAUGUAUGAUCUGUGAUAAAGCACUAUUUCUAUCUUAAACACAACUCCCAGACAUGACCUGUGUGGUCCUAUUUGGUGCCUGUAUCGAGGGUGUCGUUUUGAGAGACAAGUAAGUACUAUUUAAGCAUUAUCUUUAUAAUGAAAAGUGCUAUAUAAAAUACAGUGCCUUGCAAAAGUAUUCAUCCCCCUUGGUGUUUUUCCUAUUUUGUUGCAUUACAACCUGUAAUUUAAAUGGAUUUUUAUUUGCAUUUAAUGUAAUGGACAUACACAAAAUAGUCCAAAUUGGUGAAGUGGAAUGAAAAAAAUUACUUGUUUUCAAAAAAGUGUAAAAACAAAAAAAUGGAAAAGUGGUACGUGCAUAUGUAUUCACCCCUUUUUGCUAUGAUGCCCCUAAAUAAGAUCUGGUGCAACCAAUUACCUUCAGAAGUCACAGAGUCUGCAACAACACUAAGCAAGAGGCACCACCAAGGAAGCGGCACCAUGAAGACCAAGGAGCUCUCUAAACAGGUCAGGGACUAAGUUGUGGAGAAGUACAGAUCAGGGUUGGGUUAUAAAAAAAUAUCCAAAACUUUGAACAUCCCAAGGAGCACCAUUGAAUCCAUUAUUAAAAAAUGGAAAGAAUAUGGCACCACAACAAACCUGCUAAGAGAUGGCCGCCCACCAAAACUCACAGACCAGGCAAGGAGGGCAUUAAUCAGAGAGGCAACAAAGAGACCAAAGAUAACCAUGAAGGAGCUGCAAAGCUCCACAGCGGAGAUUGGAGUAUCUGUCCAUAGGACCACUUUAAGCCGUACACUCCACAGAGCUGGGCUUUACAGAAGAGUGAAAAAAAAGCCAUUGCUUAAAGAAAAAAAGAACCAAACACCAGCGGAACCCAUCCAACUUGAAGGAGCUGGAGCAGUUUUGCCUUGAAGAAUGGGCAAAUAUCCCAGUGGCUAGAUGUGUCAAUUUUAUAGAGACAUACCCCAAGAGACUAGUAGCUGUAGUUGCUGCAAAAGGUGGCUCUUCAAAGUGGUAGGCAUGUUGUUUAAAUCAAUGAAACAACCCCCCCAAAAAACAAUUUUAAUUCCAGAUUGUAAGGCAAGAAAAUAGUAAAAAUGCCAAGGGGGGUGAAUACUUUCGCAAGCCACUGUACAUCUAUUAUUAUUAUUAUUAUUAUUAUUAUUCCACAGUUAGUAUUCCAAGUAAGUACUAUUAUUAUUUACAACAUGUCAAUAGCUGUUAUGUCAUUAUGUAACUUUGAUGCGGAAGCCUUCACUGCUCUGUAUCAUUUCUAUAUCAAAUAUCUAUUUGUGUCAUUCAUACAGAUAGCCCCUUGUUGCGCAUUUAGAAGGAAAGACUGCACGUAAACGGACAGCGUUGUAAAGAGAACAUUGUGUGCCAAUAAGUUCAAUGUCAUGAUGUAGGGUGUUUAGCUGUUCUGUCCCAAUCAGCCUAAGCUUAUUACAUGGGUUUUUCAUGAUGUGUACAGUAUGUGCUCAGAUUUAUGUCUCUCAAUUUGUCUGUCUUUCUUUCAGUCUAGUUCUGUUCUGUACAAUAUCAAAUAAAAUACAAUUUUAUUGGCUACAUGCGCCAAAUACAACAGGUGCAGACAUUACAGUGAAAUGCUUACUUACAGCCCUUAACCAACAGUGCAUUAAUUUUUUUAUAAAAAAGUUAAAUAAAACAACAACAAAAAAAUUGUUGAAUAAAAGAGCAGAAGUAAAAUAAAAUAACAGUAGGGAGGCUAUAUAUACAGGGGGGUACCGGUGCAGAGUCAAUGUGCGGGGGCACCGGCUAGUUGAGGUAGUUGAAGUAAUAUGUACAUGUGGGUAGAGUUAAAGUGACUAUGCAUAAAUAAUUAACAGAGUAGCAGCAGCGUAAAAAGAUGGGGUGGGGGGCAGUGCAAAUAGUCCGGGUAGCCAUGAUUAGCUGUUCAGGAGUCUUAUGGCUUGGGGGUAGAAGCUGUUGAGAAGUCUUUUGGACCUAGACUUGGCACUCCGGUACCGCUUGCCGUGCGGUAGCAGAGAGAACAGUCUAUGACUAGGGUGGCUGGAGUCUUUGGCAAUUUUGAGGGCCUUCCUCUGACACCGCCUGGUAUAGAGGUCCUGGAUGGCAGGAAGCUUGGCCCCAGUGAUGUACUGGGCCGUACGCACUACCCUCUGUAGUGCCUUGCGGUCGGAGGCCAAGCAGUUGCCAUACCAGGCGGUGAUGCAACCAGUCAGGAUGCUCUUGAUGGUGUAGCUGUAGAAUUUUUUCAGGAUCUGAGGACCCAUACCAAAUCUUUUCAGUCUCCUGAGGGGGAAUAGGCUUUGUCGUGCCCUCUUCACGACUGUCUUGGUGUGUUUGGACCAUGAUAGUUCGUUGGUGAUGUGGACACCAAGGAACUUGAAGCUCUCAACCUGUUCCACUACAGCCCCGUCGAUGAGAAUGGGGGUGUGCUCAGUCCUCUUUUUUUUUCCUGUAGUCCACAAUCAUCUCCUUUGUCUUGGUCACGUUGAGGGAGAGGUUGUUAUCCUGGCACCACACGGCCAGGUCUCUGACCUCCUCCCUAUACAGUACCUGUGUUUUGUAUAACAUUCAACUGUGUGUGUUUCUGCUACAGGUUUGGGGACUCGGUUAAGAAGAACUUGGUGAUUGGAACUCUGGCAUGGCCUUCUCCGUGGGUAAUCGUGAUUGGCUCCUUCUUCUCCUGCUGUGGGGCAGGGCUGCAGAGUCUCACCGGCGCCCCUCGCCUGUUGCAGGCCAUAGCACGCGAUGGGAUCGUCCCCUUCCUGCAGGUAAGAAGGUCCUAUAGACUCUGUCCUUGCUAUUGCAUCUGGACAACAGAAACACUUCAGCUAGUCUCUCUCUCUCUCUCUCUCUCUCUCUCUCUCUCUCUCUCUCUCUCUCUCUCUCUCUCUCUCUCCCCCCCCCUUUAGGUGUUUGGUCAUGGUAAAGCCAAUGGGGAACCUACCUGGGCCCUCUUGAUGACUGCUGGGAUCUGUGAGAUUGGAAUCCUCAUUGCAUCACUGGAUGCUGUUGCCCCCAUUCUCUCAAUGUGAGUGUUUCGCUCAUUGUGAAUAAUCUUGCCUCAAUGCGAGUAUUUAUUUUCUUCACGGUCUGUGUGUAAAUCUACCAAAUGUGAGUUUGUGUCAGGUGUUUCAGUUGUUUAUUUUGUUUUGUUUUUUACUUCAUGAAUUCUAUAGUGCUUACAGUGAGGGAAAAAAGUAUUUGAUCCCCUGCUGAUUUUGCACGUUUGCCCACUGACAAAGACAUGAUCCUGAGUUCGAAUCCAGGCUCUGUUGUAGCCGGCCGCGACCGGGAGACCCAUGGGGCGGCGCACAAUUGGCCCAGCGUCGUCCAGGGUAGGGGAGGGAAUGGCCGGCAGGGGAUGUAGCUCAGUUGGUAGAGCAUGGCGUUUGCAACGCCAGGGUUGUGGGUUCGAUAAAGUAAUGUAUGCGCUAACUGUAAGUCGCUCUGGAUAAGAGCGUCUGCUAAAUGACUAAAAUGUAAAUGUAAAUGUAAUGAUCAGUCUAUACUUUUAAUGGUAGGUUUAUUUGAACAGUGAGUGACAGAAUAAUAACAAAAAAAUCCAGAGAAACGCAUGUCAAAAAUGUUAUAAAUUGAUUUGCAUUUUAAUGAGGGAAAUAAGUAUUUGACCCCUCUGCAAAACAUGACUUUGUACUUGGUGGCAAAACCCUUGUUGGCAAUCACAGAGGUCAGACGUUUUCUGUAGUUGGCCACCAGGUUUGCACACAUCUCAGGAGGGAUUUUGUCCCACUCCUCUUUGCAGAUCUUCUCCAAGUCAUUAAGGUUUCGAGGCUGACGUUUGGCAACUCGAACAGCUCCCUCCACAGAUUUUCUAUGGGAUUAAGGUCUGGAGACUGGCUAGGCCACUCCAGGACCUUAAUGUGCUUCUUCUUGAGCCACUUCUUUGUUGCCUUGGCCGUGUGUUUUGGGUCAUUGUCAUGCUGGAAUACCCAUCCACGACCCAUUUUCAAUGCCCUGGCUGAGGGAAGGAGGUUCUCACCCAAGAUUUGACGGUACAUGGCCCCGUCCAUCGUCCCUUUGAUGUUGUCCUUAGCAGAAAAACACCCCCAAAGCAUAAUGUUUCCACCUCCAUGUUUGACGGUGGGGGAUAGUGUUCUUGGGGUCAUAGGCAGCAUUCCUCCUCCUCCAAACACGGCGAGUUGAGUUGAUGCCAAAGAGCUCCAUUUUGGUCUCAUCUGACCACAACACUUUCACCCAGUUCUCCUCUGAAUCAUUCAGAUGUUCAUUGGCAAACUUCAGACGGCCCUGUAUAUGUGCUUUCUUGAGCAGGGGGACCUUGCGGGCGCUGCAGGAUUUCAGUCCUUCACGGCGUAGUGUGUUACCAAUUGUUUUCUUGGUGACUAUGGUCCCAGCUGCCUUGAGAUCAUUGACAAGAUCCUCCCGUGUUGUUCUGGGCUGAUUCCUCACCGUUCUCAUGAUCAUUGCAACUCCACGAGGUGAGAUCUUGCAUGGAGCCCCAGGCCGAGGGAGAUUGACAGUUAUUUUGUGUUUCUUCCAUUUGCGAAUAAUCGCACCAACUGUUGUCACCUUCUCACCAAGCUGCUUGGCGAUGGUGUUGUAGACCAUUCCAGCCUUGUGUGGGUCUACAAUCUUGUCCCUGACAUCCUUGGAGAGCUCUUUGGUCUUGGCCAUGGUGGAGAGUUUGGAAUCUGAUUGAUUGAUUGCUUCUGUGGACAGGUGUCUUUUAUACAGGUAAUAAACUGAGAUUAGGAGCACUCCCUUUUAGUCACCUGGGAGCCAGAAAUCUUUCUGAUUGAGAGGGGGUCAAAUACUUAUUUCCCUCAUUAAAAUGCAAAUCAAUUUAUAACAUUUUUGACAUGUGUUUUUCUGGAUUUUUUUGUUGUUAUUCUGUCUCUCACUGUUCAAAUAAACCUACCAUUUAAAAUUAUAGACUGAUCAUUUCUUUGUCAGUGGGCAAACAUACAAAAUCAGCAGGGGAUCAAAUACUUUUUUCCCUCACUGUACCUGAGUAUUGUUUGAAUUGCAAGGGAAAUCCCAAUCCUUUCUCCUCUGUGAAUCCUACCUCUCAUUGCCCUUUUAAAAGGCCUGUUGGUCUGAAGUAAGUCACUUUUCUUUGUCUUUUCUGUGGGGAUGGGUUUCAGGUUUUUCCUGAUGUGCUACCUGUUUGUCAACCUAGCCUGUGCCGUCCAGACACUGCUACGCACUCCCAACUGGAGGCCCAGGUUUAAGUUCUACCACUGGUGAGUUCAUUUCUCAUUCCAAAAGCACCAAAUGCUAUUAUAUUCCAUUCUGGACCUUUGGACCCACAAGGAGUGCAGGUGUUUUUUUCAACAAAGCACUAACCCACCUGAUUCACCCAAUCAACUAAUCAUCAAGCCCUUGAUUAAUUAAAUCAGGUGUGUUAGUGUUUGUAUGGUAUAAAAGUAGAUGUCCAAGAAAGACCAGGACUAAGGAACACUGACCUAAUGUCUAGCCAAACAAUAAGGCCAAUCAAUAAGCCCCUGUUGUCCUGUUCUCUGGUCCCUGCAGGACUCUGUCAUUCCUGGGGAUGAGUCUCUGUCUCUCCCUCAUGUUCAUCUCCUCCUGGUACUAUGCCCUGCUAGCCAUGUCCAUCGCUGGAUGCAUCUAUAAGUACAUUGAGUACAGAGGGUAAGAGUUUGGUUUCCCAAUAACAGCUCAAUAACAUUGUACUGUAUUGUAAUUACAUUGGUUGUGGUCCUUAAAUGUGUGACUAACAGCUUUUAUGUAGUGUGCCCAUUCCCCACACAAUAAAAUAUAACACAGUAUCAUACAUCUCUACGCAUGUCCCACCCUUUCUUUAACCCAUGUUCUGGACUCUGUGUUAUAAUUGGCUUCAGUUUGGUUACAGUUUGGUGCAUUGCUUUUGUUACCUAAUGUGUGAGAUCUCUGAAAUCCUAUAGUGUUUCUGCCUUUUUUAACCCACUACCUGAUCUCUUUUUCCUCUCAGGGCAAUGAAGGAGUGGGGAGACGGGAUCAGAGGUCUGUCCCUGAACGCUGCUCGCUAUGCUCUGAUCCGCCUGGAGGAGGUGCCAACACACACUAAGAACUGGAGGUGAGAGGCUGAGAACAGUGUAGAGCGUAGGGUGGGGAUGACUCCUGGACUAAGGGCCAAAGUGUAGUGAUGAUAAAACUCUGCCUCUUCAAAGAGUAUGUUAAAUAAUCCCCCUCCUAACAUAAACACAUUGAGCAUCUCCAGGCCUCUAAGCAUACAGCUGCUGAUGUGCGCCUUUGGAACGUUUAGAAAGUCUAAUAAAUAAAUGUAAUUUACACCAUCACAAUAACUCCAUUAUUUAUUUUAGUCAGGUCUAAACAAACAUUAUGAUAUGAAGAGAAUGUAUUUCAGAAGAACAGAAUAUGAGUUGGCCUACUGUAGGUCUAUGUUAUCUGGCUAUGCUCCAUGCCAUAGGUUGUAGGCCUGUUCAUUAAGCUGACAAGAUAUGCUUAUAAGUCCUGUGGCAUUUUAUAUUAAGAAGAAUAUAAUUGAAUUUAGCUGAAUAAAAUAGAAAGGAUAUUUUUUCCAUUACAGAGCGAGUGCGCAUAUGAAGUGGCUAUGUUGAGCGUAAAAGUGAUAAUUUGAAACUGGUUCUAUAUGCUAGAUUUAGUUAUUUGGUAGCUUUAGUUGUGAAUGAUACAAACCUUAGAAUGUCUUUGAAAUUAAAACAUACAGUCAAGUAAGUACACCCCCUGGAAAGUGGUGUUUCUAUUUUUUAUUUUUUUAUUACAUAUUUGGACACAUGGAUAUUUGAGCUAAAUUCCCACCAGAUUCAUUGAUUUAAGGUAACCCAAUUUAACAAAUCACACCAAAAAAAAUUACUUUGAAAAUUUUAUGCAAUUAAAAUAAACAGAAAUUCAUUUUCCUUAUGCGGAAAAAGUUAGAACACCCCUACCUUUACCAUCACAUAAAAUGGCUAAAAUUAGAAUUAGGUGCACCAAAACAGGUGCAAAUGAUUAGAAAAUCAUUAGAGAGAAACUUCCAUAAAGAUUAGAAACUUGGUCUGGUUUGGUCUUAACCAUAUGGGUGUGUGGUAACACAUCAUGCCAAGAUCAAAAUACCUCCCCGAGGCCCUCAGAAGAAAGAUUAUUGAUGGCAAUUCGAAGUACAUAAUUCCACUGUCCGACGGCUCAUCUAUAAAUUGAGAAAAUUCCAGACCACUGGCAAUCUACCUAGGACAGGUCAUCCCACCAAAUACAGCCCAAGAGCUGACCGAAAGAUGCUCAUAAAAGUCUCUAAGAACCCCAGGGGGUAACAUCAAGGGAUCUACAGGCCUCUCCUGCCACAAUCAAUGUUGAAGUGCAUGAGUCAACUGUCAGAAAGAGACGCAAAUUUGGCCUACAUGGGACGUCAGGAAGGAAGAAGCCUCUGCUCUCAAAAAAGAAUAUCAAGACACGACAGAUGUUUGCUAGACAACACCUGGGUAAAGACCAAGACUACUGGAACAAUGUGCUCUGGACAGAUGAGUCAAAGGUGGAGUUGUUUGGCCGCAAUGCCAGAUGCAAUGUUUGGCAAAAAUGAAACACUGCCUUUGAACAGAAGAACCUCAUACCAACCGUAAAGCAUGGGAGACGGUGGCAUUAUGGUUUGGGGCUGCUUUGCUGCCUCAGGGCCUGGCCAACUUGCUGUCAUUGAGUCAACCAUGAAUUCUAUAUUGUACCAGAGAAUUCUUGAGGAGAAUGUGAGGCCAUCUGUCAAAAAGAUGAAGCUGAACUGAACAUGGAUCUUGCAACAGGACAAUGAUCCAAAACACAAAAGCAAAGCUACAACAGAAUGGCUCAAAGAGAGGAAAUGAAGGGAUAUGGAAUGUCAAAGCCCAGAUCCUAAUCCUAUCGAAAUGCUGCGGGGGGACUUGAAGCGGGCCAUGCAUGCAAGAAAGCCCCUCGAACAUGACACAGUUGAAGCAGUACUGGGAAGAAGAGUGAGCAGAAAUGUCUCCCAGUCGAUGUAAGAGACAGAUAGACAGUUACAAGAAACGUCUACAUUAAGUUAUUUCAGCCAAAGGGGGCAACACAAGCUAUUGAAGCUAGGGGUGUACUUAUUCUUUUCUGCUCUAUGGAAUUGCAUUUCUGUAGAUUUUUGAUGAAUAAAUUAUUGCAAAGUAUAAUCUUUCAGUGUCAUUUGUUAAAUUAGGUUACCUUUAUCUGUCAAUAGUGUUGAAGUGAAGAUUACAUAUCCAUCUGUCCAAAUAUGUAAAAAAAUAAAAUAAACUUUCCAGGGGGUGUACUUACUUUUUCACAUGACUGUAUAUGGGCUGCAUUGUCAGUUUGAAGACUGUAGAAUCUAGUGUAGAUCUGAUGACUAGCAUACACACAGUUGUCUUGCUGUUCUGUCUGGUGACCUAGUUUAGGGACUUUUCCUGAUGCCUAUCUAUUGACACAUACUGACUGUACUUUACCUUAUCUCUCCCCCCAGACCUCAGCUACUGGUGCUACUGAAGCUGGAUGCAGACCUGGGGGUGAAACACCCUCGUCUGCUGUCCUUCACCACCCAGCUGAAGGCAGGGAAAGGCCUGACCAUUGUCAGCUCUGUGCUGGAGGGCACCUACAUGACCCUGGAGGCCAAGGCCAAGAGCGCAGAGCAGGUGAGACUGAGACACUCAUAUCACAUGAUCAUGGAGGCAGGGAAUUCGUAUCCAGUGUUGGGAUUCGUUACUUGAAAAAGUAAUAUAUUACAUAUAACUCCUUACUUUCAAAGUAACGCGUUACGUUAUGAAUAUUACUUUCUGUGCAGAGUAACGCGGAGUGGUCUAAGGCACUGCAUCUCAGUGCUUGAGGUGUCACUACAGACCCCCUGGUUUGAUUCCAGGCUGUAUCACAACCGGCCAUGAUUGGGAGUCCCAUAGGGUGGCGCACAAUUGGCCCAGCGUCGUCCGGGUUUGGCCGGUGUAGGCCGUCAUUGUAAAUAAGAAUUUGUUCUAAACUGACUUGCCUAGUUAAAUAAAGGUAAAAUAAAAAAUAAAAAUAAAUACUCAUUAUAUUACUUUUGCAUUACUUUCUUUCACAAACAUCCUCAAAUGAAUCUUGGCAACGAGGCAUGUUGGUCAUCCAUCAAUUUAAUAAUGUAGAAGAGGAUACAAUACUAAUGAUAUAACAGACACAAAAUCAUAUUUUUAAUUUUUUAACACUAGAAUAGCCGGGCCUCGACGAAUACCAAUGCUGCAGGCAUCUAUUUUAACAGUCUAAUAAAUCCAUUUAAUAUACACGAUCACAAAGAAAUGCAUUAUUAUUUCCGUUUAGGCAGGCCUUAAGAAACAUUAUGCAACAAAUAAAAUGUAUUUCAAAAGAAGAGAAUAGCAUAUUUAGAGUUUAAUUAUGUUACUGUGCUUAGUAGCCUAGGCUGUAUGGCUAUGCGGCAUGCAAUUAAAUCAACUAUAGCGUUGUUCAUUUGUUUAUGUAAAAGACAAUACACUCUUUUUCCAUUGCCUUUAUCACAGUCAGUCACAUACAGUUAGGUCCAUAAUUAUUGGCACCCUUGAUAAAUAUGAGCAAAAAAGACUGUAAAAUAAAUAAUACAAGUACUGAACUACAUUCUAUGCUCAAAAUAAUUUAGAUAUUACUUUAUACUAAUACAAUUGCUCAGAGAAAGAGAUUUUGUUUAUAAAGUCAUUUAAAAUAAUCUCAAAAAGAUAGGGGUCAAAAUUGUCACCCCUGUUUUCAAUACUCCAUAAUGACACUGAGACUUUUUCUACAAUGUUUUAUGAGAUUGGAGAACACAUUGGGAGGGAUCAUAGACCAUUCCUCCAUACAGAAUCUUUCAAGAUCCUUGAUAUCCUCUGUCUGUGCUUAUGCACUGCCCUCUUCAAUUCAAACCACAGGUCUUCAAUGGGGUUCAAGUCCUUAGACUGAGAUGGCCAUUGCAAAAAAAAAAAAGACAACAGGAAACGAGUUACAGCAUGAAUUCGGUAGAGACAAGGCUUUAAAAAUAUAUAUACAGUUGAAGUCGGAAGUUUACAUACACCUUAGCCAAAUACAUUUAAACUCACAAUUCACAAUUCCUGACAACAAGUCCCUGUUUUAGGUCAGUUAGGAUCACCACUUUAUUUUAAGAAUAUAAAAUGUCAGAAUAAUAGUAGAGAGAAUGAUUUAUUUCAUAUUUUAUUUCUUUCAUCACAUUCCCAGUGGGUCAGAAGUUUACAUACACUCAAUUAGUAUUUGGUAGCAUUUCCUUUAAAUUGUUUAACUUGGGUCAAACGUUUCGGGUAGCCUUCCACAAGCUUCCCACAAUAAGUCGGGUGAAUUUUGGCCCAUUCCUCCUGACAGAGCUGGUGUAACUGAGUCAGGUUUGUAGGCAUCCUUGCUCGCACAAGCUUUUUCAGUUAUGCCCACAAAUGUUCUAUAGGAUUGAGGUCAGCGCUUUGUGAUGUCCACUCCAAUACCUUGACUUUGUUGUCCUUAAGCCAUUUUACCACAACGUUGGAAGUAUGCUUGGGGUCAUUGUCCAUUUGGAAGACCCAUUUGCAACCAAGCUGUAACUUCUUGACUGAUGUUUUGAGAUGUUGCUUCAGUAUAUCCACAUAAUUUUCCUUCCUCAUGAUGCCAUCUAUUUUGUGAAGUGCACCAGUCCCUCCUGCAGCAAAGCACCCCCACAGCAUGAUGCUGCCACCCCCGUGCUUCACGGUUGGGAUGGUGUUAUUCGGCUUGCAAGCAACCCCCUUUUUCCUCCAAAUAUAACGAUGGUCAUUAUGGCCAAACAGUUCUAUAUUUGUUUCAUCAGACCAGAGGACAUUUCUCCAGAAAGUACGAUCUUUGUCCCCAUGUGCAGUUGCAAACCGUAGUCUGGCUUUUUUAUGGCGGUUUUGGAGCAGUGGCUUCUUCCUUGCUGAGUGGCCUUUCAGGUUAUGUCGAUAUAGGACUCAUUUUACUGUGGAUAUAGAUACUUUUGUAUCUGUUUCCUCCAGCAUCUUCACAAGGUCCUUUGCUGUUGUUCUGGGAUUGAUUUGCACUUUUCGCACCAAAGUACAUUCAUCUCUAGGAGACAGAACGCGUCUCCUUCCUGAGCGGUAUGACGGCUGCAUGGUCCCAUGGUGUUUAUACUUGCGUACUGUUGUUUGUACAGAUGAACGUGGUAUCUUCAGGCGUUUGGAAAUUGCUCCCAAGGAUGAACCAGACUUGUGGAGGUCUACAAUUCUUUUUCUGAGGUCUUGGCUGAUUUCUUUUGAUUUUCCCAUGAUGUCAAGCAAAGAGGCACUGAUUUUGAAGAUGGGCCUUGAAAUACAUCCACAGGUACACCUCCAAUUGACUCAAAUGAUGUCAAUUAGCCUAUCAGAAGCUUCUAAAGCCAUGACAUCAUUUUCUGGAAUUUUCCAAGCUGUUUAAAGGCACAGUCAACUUAGUGUAUGUAAACUUCUGACCCACUGGAAUUGUGAUACAGUGAAUUAUAAGUGAAAUAAUCUGUCUGUAAACAAUUGUUGGAAAAAUUACUUGUGUCAUGCACAAAGUAGAUGUCCUAACCGACUUGCCCAAACUAUAGUUUGUUAACAAGAAAUGUGUGGAGUGGUUGAAAAACAAGUUUUAAUGACUUCAACUGUAUAUAACACGCCGGUAGAGAGAUGAUAUUACCCAAUUUUUUAAAAAGUAAUGUGUUUCAUUACGCCGUUACUCAAAGGUAAUCUGAUUAUUUAACACUUAACAUAUAACGCGUUAACCCCUAGCAGGUCAAUUUUCCAUCAUGUCCAGAACAGCUACAGUUUCAACAAAUUCACCCUUGGCUACUGAUUCUCAGGCCUAGCCAAUAUGAUACAUAGCACUACAUUACAAGUGUUUUGUGCUCACUGGGAGCAGGUGCAAUUCAGCGACCUACGCAAAGAGUAUAGAGACUCCAUCUCCAGUUUAUAAAGCCAGGUUUCAAUUUUCAAAGUUUAUUUGCCACGUGCACAGGAUACAACCGGUGUAAAACAGUACAGUGAAAUUCUUACAUUGAGAGCUCUUUCCAACAAUGCACUGAUAAUAAUGAUAAAAAUAAUAAUAAUAAUAAUAAUAAUAUAUACUGAACAAAAAUAUAAACACAACAUGUAAAGUGUUGGUCCCAUGUUUCAUGAGCUGAAAUAAAAGAUCCUAGAAAUAAUUUCCAUAUGCACAGAAAACGUGUUGCUCUCAAAUUUUGACAGGUGUAGCAUAUCAAGAAGCUGAUUUAAACAGCAUGAUCAUUACACAAGUGCACCUUGUGCUCUGGACAAUUAAAGGCCACUCUAAAAUGUGCAGUUUUGUCACACAACACAAUGCCACAGAUGUCUCAAGUUUUGAGGGAGCAUGCAAUUGGCAUGAGCGGUUGCCAGAGAAAUUAAUGUUAAUUUCUCUACCAUAAGCCACCUCCAACGUCGUUUUAGAGAAUUUGGCAGUACGUCCAACCGUACUCAUAACCGCAGACCACGUGUAACCACGCCAGCCCAGGACCUCCACAUCCGGCUUCUUCACCUGCGGGAUCAUCUGAGACCAGCCACCCAUACAGCUGAUGAAACUGAGGAGUAUUUCUGUCUGUAAUAAAGCCCUUUUGUGGUGAAAAACUCAUUCUGAUUGCCUGGGCCUGGCUCCCAAGUAGGUGGGCCUAUGCCCACCCAUGGAUGUGCCCCUGCCCAGUCAUGUGAAAUCCAUAGAUUAGGGCCUAAUGAAUUUAUUUCAAUUGACUGAUUUCCUUAAAUGAACUGUAACUCAGUAAAAUAAUUGAAAUUGUUGCAUGUUGCGCUUUACAUUUUUGUUCAGUAUAGAUCAUAAUAUAAAAUAUUAUUUUCUAUUAUUUUGCCCUCAGAGCAGCCGCAAUUCGUCUGGGCGUGACUCUACAAGGAGUCGAAAGCGUUCCACAGGGAUGCUGGACCAUGUUGACUCCAAUGCUUCCCACAGUUGUGUCAAGUUGGCUGGAUGUCCUUUGGGUGGUGGACCAUUCUUGAUACACACGGGAAACUGUUGAGCGUGAAAAACAUAGCAGUGUUGCAGUUCUUGACACACUCAAACCGGUGCGCCUGGCACCUACUACCAUACUCCGUUCAAAGGCAAUUAAAUAUUUUGUCUUGCCUUUUCACCCUCUGAAUGGCACAAUCCAUGUCUGAAUUUUAUCUAGAUUUAGAAAUCCAUCUUGAACCCGUUUCCUCCCCUUCAUCUACACUGAUUGAAGUGGAUUUAACAAGUGACAUCAAUAAAGGUUCAUAGCUUUCACCUGGAUUCACCUGGUCAGUCUGUCAUGGAAAGAGCAUAUGUUCUUAAAGUUUUGUAUACUCAGUGUACAUGUAAACACAGCUGUAAAAGUAACUGGUAACAGCAAAAUAUAAAUAUAAUAUACUAAUGGUAAUAUAGACAUGUAAACAGUAGUAAUAGGGACCAGUAGCAGGAUACAUACUAAUGGUAAUGGUAAAAAUCAAUAACCAAUGGACAACCGCGUAAUGGAGUAAUACAUCUAAUCAUUUUAGCAGCAGUGUAGCUUGUCUGAAUGGGUCAAGACCUGUGGAUGGGCAUAGAGUCGGUGUGGAUAGUCGGUGAGAGAGGGAGAGCAGUAGUUGUUAACCAUUUAUCACUCUUAUGGCCAGGGGAUAGAAGCUGUUUAGGAGUCAGGGGAUAGAAGCUGUUUAGGAGUCUGUUGGUCUGAGCCUUGAUGCACAGGUACCGAGAACAGUCCAUGUCUCGGGUGGCUGGAGUCUUUGGCAAGCACACUACAGGUGCUAGUAUAUGCAAUAUUAUCCCUGACUCUAAAAGGCUUACUCCUGUGCUUUCACCUCAUUGGGGAGUUUCAAUUCAUGAUCUCAAAACUGAGAACUCUGCCACCUGCUAGCAGGUCAGAGGGGUGCACUGGAAUAUCAUUGAGGCAAACUGUUAGAGAUUAAUACUGGUGAAACUGGUGAAGUAUUAUUGUUUAUCAUUGUGAUCCAUGUAGAUUUUAUAUGUUUUCUACCUGAUGCAAAGCCAAUUGCACUCUGGGACAAAUAAAGUUGGAACUUUAUGCAUAAUUACAUGAUUCUCUCUAUGCACCUCACUCUCUAUCCUCUUCCUCAUCCCAGAUUACAGUCUGAUGAAAGCUGCAUUUCGUUAUUUUACUCCGUCAUGCUACCCUCUGGCCAAGUUCAAUGAUAAAUACUGACUGGUCUAAUUCAAGCACAAAGAGGUCAAUAAAACGCUUUGCGAUGUCAAACUCCACUGGCUCUGUAAAGAUUCCUGCAGUCAGCUGUAUGUUUCCACUUAUUAGCCACACAUGUUAAAACAUUAUUUUGGUCCCUCACUCUUGACUUAAUGUCCAAGUUUAGAAAGCGUUCAUAAAGACUUACAUCACAAUUCUGUAAAAAAAGACCAUGGGUGAUUUUCCUUCAUACUUUCUGCAUAGUAUACUUGCAUCAAAUGUUUCUUCCACUAUCAGUGUCUUGCAAGUGUAAAAAAGUGUAUUUAUGGAAACUAUUUAUUUUCACUCUCCCAUACAUUCAUCCUCCUCUUCACUCUUUCCUUAUAUUUUCUCCUGAUGUAUGUCUUCUUUUCUUGGUGCAGAACGUCAAGUCGGCCAUGCACGCAGAGCGUACCAAAGGUUUCUGCCACGUGGUGGUGUCCUCUAACCUGCGGGAUGGUUUCUCCCACCUGAUCCAGUCGGCAGGGCUGGGAGGCAUGAAACACAACGCCGUCCUCAUGGCCUGGCCUGGGGGCUGGAAACAGGCAGAGGACUCCUACCCCUGGAAGAACUUCAUUGGUACGCACACCAUACUCUACUAUAUUCCACAGUACACCCCAUAGUUUGCUAUACUAGUCUACAGUUGAUUUAAGUAGCAUCAAGUUUGUCAUACUAAGUAGCCCCUUGUGACGACAUUCACAUACAUCUGAAAAAUUAAGCUAGCUAGCUACCUAGUGAGAUUUGGUUUUAGGUUCCGUGAACAUUUUAGUAAGUGAAUGUCUUAUGGGCAGGGUCAAGACUUUAUCCUGACCAAAUGACCUGACCAGUCAAAACUGUCAGCCCUAAUUAUGUGUAUUUCUUGAACUGAUAAUAAUACAAACAGUACAGUAAAUAUCCUCCUUAUCCCACAGAGACGGUGAGAGAGACUACGUCAGCCCAUCAGGCCCUGCUGGUUGCUAAGAACAUUGACAAGUUCCCCAGCAACCAGGACCGUCUGGGGGAGGGCACCAUAGACGUGUGGUGGAUUGUCCAUGAUGGAGGUCUUCUCAUGCUGCUGCCUUUCUUACUGCGCCAACACAAGGUACUGUGGCAUUGGCACCAUAUGCCUUUGGGUACUAUAUACUGUUGCUUUGUAAAAAAUCAACUACAUUCUAAUGGUGGCCAGAUAAAAAAUAAAAUAAAAUAAAAAGUGAAUUGCAGGGGGCCAUUAAACAAUUUCCACAACUGAUAUUAGACUGAAGCACUAUUAGCAUUUAAGCAUUUAGAACAGUUUCACUGACACGCAUAGUUUCUUUCCUCUUUUCUGUCUCUCUUUUCCAUGUCCUUGUCUGUCCUAGGUAUGGAGGAAGUGUAAGAUGCGUAUCUUCACCGUGGCUCAGAUGGAUGACAACAGUAUUCAGAUGAAGAAGGACCUGCAGAUGUUCCUGUAUCACCUCCGUCUCAAUGCUGUAGUGGAGGUGGUGGAGAUGGUAAGCAGCUACAGUCACACUUAAUCAAUCAUACUUGCUAUAGUAUCAAUAAGAAAGCAUUUGUCAAGUAUUUUUUUGUAUUUCUGUCCUCAGCACGAUAGUGACAUUGCAGCCUUCACCUAUGAGAAGACCCUGGUGAUGGAGCAGCGCUCUCAGAUGCUAAAACAGAUGCAGCUGUCCAGGACCGAGAGGGAGAGAGAGGUAAUGUGAUGUUCAACUCUGUCAGGCUCUGUUUAACCGUAACACUGUGUAACCCACAGGAGGUUGAAGGUACCUUAAUUGGGGAGGACAGGCUCAAAGUAAUGGCUGGAAUGGAAUCAAUGGAAUGGUAUCAGACUCAUCAAACACAUGGUUUCCAUGUGUUUAAUACCAUUCCAUUCACUCCAUUCCAGCCAUUAUUAUGAGCCGUCCUCCCCUCAGGAGCCUCCUGUGGUAUAACCAGGUGGUUCAAUAGUGGACAAAACAUAAUUAUAUUGACAAGCAAACACAUGAUCACUGCUUUGAAUGUUAUCUGUAGGCCUAUGCACAAUGUUUAAAUCAAAGACAGGGACAAAGAUUGUACUUCACACACAGGAUAGAUUAUAUCUGUGUUUUUUCCUGUUACAGUAGUUCUUUACUUCCUUGUUGUUUGUGACUCGUAAUAUGGAUCGACUGUUGUGCCAUUUUGGCCUGUCCUGAUUUGCUGCUGCUGUGUUGGAUGUUCUGGGCUCGCAUUGGGUUGGGCUUCAGAUUCAGAGCAUCACAGACGAGUCGCGUAACUCCAUCAAGAGGAAGAAAUCAUCCGUGGUGGAGACACUACAGGCCCCAAACACACUACAGGUCCCAAGCCUGUCCAUAUCCAGGGACAUACGGGAGGAUGAGGAGGUAGCCCAGCAGCCAUGUGAUGUGUCUGCCUCAGAACCAUCCCAUAAGCAUCUCCCUCUCCCACUCCACCCUCUAGCCCAUCCUCAUGCAUGUAUCUGACAUGGACAGAGCCACAGCUAUUAAGGAUUUUUUUGUCAAUACUGUAUGCAUUUCUGGAAGCAGUAGCCCGAAGCAUUACCCUGAAUGAAUAUGGCUGUGGCAAAUUAAUGAAAUAGAACUGCAUUAUAGGAUUUCUAUGGCUGUGGUCCUCUCAGCGUCAUUGUCACCCUACUCCUGCAUCAAUUUACCUGAGAGUUAUCGGCUCAGUAACUUUGUAGCAGGUAUUACACUUAGAUAUUUUUAAAACAAUCUUCUUAGAACUAAAAACUUAGAACGUUCUUGGUACGCUGGAAAAACCGCCAACCCCAAACCUCCAACUUCAACUUGGAUUAGAAAUGUAAUCGCAUUUUUCCUAAUCUUUUCCAUCAUUUCCAUUUUUCAUCUUCACUUAUUUGUAAUAUGUUUUUUAUUAUUGUUUGCUAUAGUACACUUUAUUAUUUCUAUGUCAUGCAUUGUUUGUAUGGUGCUUUGUUAUUUUAAUGUUGAAGCAUUGAAAUGUACAGUAAUAUUUCAUGCCUUUUCCAUGGAGGAGACAGAUGAAGCAAUGCAACCAUGAGAAUGUCUUCCAUAAUCCAUUUUGAAUCUAUUGCUUGGAGUAACAUUAUCAUUCUUGCCAAUAAUGCAAAACAUAAGGAUAGUCUCCAUUCUACAGUUGUGCCAGCCUCCUGAUCCUAUCUGACAGGAGGCACCACUUUGUUUAGCAUCCUGCCUUGGUCUGUAGUGACACCAGUGUUGUUAUUCCCCAGGCUCAGCUGAUCACUAAGCUGGGCACCAAGUCCCACGCCAACCUCAAUGACACAUCUACCGCCACGCCCGACCACUGUGUCCACAUGACCUGGACCAAAGACAAGCUGAUCGCCGAGAGGAACCGUAAACGCGGCGAGCCGAACUUGGGCGUGAAGGAUCUCUUCAAUAUGAAACCGUAGGUAUCUCCCUCUAAAGGCCUCAGGCUCACACUGCAGCACGCAGUCAGACAUGCCCCUUUCACACUACUGAGUCGAACUGAGUCUUGCUGUUUUGUACUGGCCUGGUUAUGGUAGUGUGAAUACGGUAUUGGCACUGCCAACAGAAACUACACAAUCCAUAGAUGCACCUGUCUAGUGCACAUAUAGAAUAAUGGCUACAAAAGCAAUAGUACUGUUACAUACUUGAAAUAUCUAGACAGAGUGUGAUGCACCUUGACCUGAACUACACUGUUCUCAGGAUGUUCGGACUAGUGAAUAACCUGUCAUCAAUCUCUUAUUUGUGUGUGAAAUGUGUGAUUAACCAUGGUGAGAUGUAUAUAUUGUAAACAUACCUAAGUCAUUCUAUGUUUUGUUUUGUUUCCUCGCUUCUAGAGAGUGGGAGAGUCUGUAAGUGAAGUUUCCCUUACUCUUAACUGUGUGUGUGUGUGUGUGUGUGUGUGUGUGUGUGUGUUCUCUCCUCCUCUUCUAACAGCAUGUAUAUUCAUCUCUCAGUUGAUUUACUUGGAAAAUAUAACAUUCACUCUGCGUCUGUAACAUUGCCUAACUUACCUAGACUAUUUUAUAUAUGCUUAGAAUGAUAUAACAAAUAUGCCUUGAUGCUUAGGUAAGUGAGGCGUGAUAUUGUUAUUAAUGGAAAAUCAAAGUUCUUCUAUCAUACAAUUACUUCUACCUACAAUAUUCCUUAACUAGAUUUUAUUUUUUAAGCCUACUGUUACAUGCAGUAUCAACAUUACAUAACUCCUGACAUAUUCAACCAUGAACCAUGUUAUAUCAAUAUAAUCUAUAGUAUGACUAUACUGUAGCAUGUCUAUGGAGGCAUUCGGUAUACAUGACUUAGGGUAGCUAAUUGGCUUACUGUCCAUUUUUGUGAUUACAAUUUUGUCAUGAUGCCGUCAAGUCACUUAUCACAAAUGCUUAUGACUGGUGUGAUGUCAUGUUUAUAAUAGCAUCCUGUAGUGGGAUAGAAGGCAUACAUUGCAUCCCAAAUGGCAACCUAUUCCUUAUAUAAUGUACUACAUUUGACCAGGGCCUGUCAGGCUCUGGUCAAAUGUAGUGCACUAUAUAGGGUGCCAUUUGGGACUCAGUCCAAGUAGAAGACAUUUAAGAGUUGUUAUUCUUGAGUUUAACCUGUUAUUUUGUAGGAACCAGUCUAACGUGCGGAGGAUGCACACCGCGGUUAAGUUGAAUGAGGUUGUGGUAAACAAAUCCCAGGGAGCUCAGCUGGUGCUGCUGAACAUGCCUGGUCCGCCCAAAAACAAGGGUGGUGACGAGAAUUGUAUCCUUUUUUUAAACCACUAGUAUACACUGAACUGGAUAACUGAGUGUCCACUGGCUGAGUCAGUAUCAUCUUACAGUAAUAUAUAGACUGAGAGGGACUGAAGCUAAACUGAUGUACAGUGCUGUGAAAAAAGUAUUUUCCCCAUUUAUGUUUUCUAAAUUUUUGCAUAUUUAUUACACUGAAUGUUAUCAGAUCUUCAACCAAAACCUAAUAUUAGAUAAAGGAAACCUGAGUGAACAAAUAACACAAAAAUGUGAUACUUAUUUAUUUAUUAAACAAUGUUAAGCAACACCCAAUGCCCCUGUGUGAAAAAGCAUUUACCCCCCUACAUUCAAUAGCUGGUUGUGCCACCUUUAGCUGCAAUGACUGCAACCAAACACUUCCUAUAGAUGUUGAUCAGUCUCUCAAAUUGCUGUGGAGGAAUUUUGGCCCACUCUUCCAUGCAGAACUGCUCGUUUCAAGUCCUCCUACAACAUCUCAAUUGGAUUUCGGUCUGGACUUUGACUAGGCCAUUUCAAAACGUUAUAUUUGUUGCUUUUCAGCCAUUCUGAUGUAGAAUUUCUUGUGUCUUUUGGAUCAUUGUCUUGUUGCAUGACCCAGUUGCGCUUCAGCUCACGGACAGAUGGCAUGACAUUCUCCUGUAGAAUUCUCCUAUACAGAGCAUAAUUCAUGGUUCCUUCAAUGAUGGCAAGUUGUCCAGGUCCUGAGGCAGCAAAGCAUCCCCAAACCAUCACACCACCACCACCAUGCUUGACUGUUGGUAUGAGGAGCUUAUUGUGGAACGCAGGGUUUUCGCCUGACAUAACUGGACCCAUCACUAUUUCAGGCAUACUUUUAUGACUGCUGAAUACCAUCAAUCACAGAUCAUGUAUUUUCAGGUAGAGAUACCUCGCGAAGCAACUGCUCUCUAUCCCUCUCGUUUGUUCAUUCUUCUCUAUUCUCUCUGUGUCCCACACUAACCUAACAUACAGUGGGGAAAAAAAGUAUUUAGUCAGCCACCAAUUGUGCAAGUUCUCCCACUUAAAAAGAUGAGAGAGGCCUGUAAUUUUCAUCAUAGGUACACGUCAACUAUGACAGACCAAUUGAGGGGGAAAAAUCCAGAAAAUCACAUUGUAGGAUUUUUUAUGAAUUUAUUUGCAAAUUAUGGUGGAAAAUAAGUAUUUGGUCACCUACAAACAAGCAAGAUUUCUGGCUCUCACAGACCUGUAACUUCUUCUUUAAGAGGCUCCUCUGUCCUCUACUCGUUACCUGUAUUAAUGGCACCUGUUUGAACUUGUUAUCAGUAUAAAAGACACCUGUCCACAACCUCAAACAGUCACACUCCAAACUCCACUAUGGCCAAGACCAAAGAGCUAUCAAAGGACACCAGAAACAAAAUUGUAGACCUGCACCAGGCUGGGCAGACUGAAUCUGCAAUAGGUAAGCAGCUUGGUUUGAAGAAAUCAACUGUGGGAGCAAUUAUUAGGAAAUGGAAGACAUACAAGACCACUGAUAAUCUCCCUCGAUCUGGGGCUUCACGCAAGAUCUCACCCCGUGGGGUCAAAAUGAUCACAAGAACGGUGAGCAAAAAUCCCAGAACCACACGGGGGGACCUAGUGAAUGACCUGCAGAGAGCUGGGACCAAAGUAACAAAGCCUACCAUCAGUAACACACUACGCCACCAGGGACUCAAAUCCUGCAGUGCCAGACGUGUCCCCCUGCUUAAGCCAGUACAUGUCCAGGCCCGUCUGAAGUUUGCUAGAGUGCAUUUGGAUGAUCCAGAAGAGGAUUGGGAGAAUGUCAUAUGGUCAGAUGAAACCAAAAUAUAACUUUUUGGUAAAAACUCAACUCGUCAUGUUUGGAGGACAAAGAAUGCUGAGUUGCAUCCAAAGAACACCAUACCUACUGUGAAGCAUGGGGGUGGAAACAUCAUGCUUUGGGGCUGUUUUUCUGCAAAGGGACCAGGACGACUGAUCCGUGUAAAGGAAAGAAUGAAUGGGGCCAUGUAUCGUGAGAUUUUGAGUGAAAACCUCCUUCCAUCAGAAAGGGCAUUGAAGAUGAAACGUGGCUGGGUCUUUCAGCAUGACAAUGAUCCCAAACACACCGCCCGGGCAACGAAGGAGUGGCUUCGUAAGAAGCAUUUCAAGGUCCUGGAGUGGCCUAGCCAGUCUCCAGAUCUCAACCCCAUAGAAAAUCUUUGGAGGGAGUUGAAAGUCCGUGUUGCCCAGCGACAGCCCCAAAACAUCACUGCUCUAGAGGAGAUCUGCAUGGAGGAAUGGGCCAAAAUACCAGCAACAGUGUGUGAAAACCUUGUGAAGAUUUACAGAAAACAUUUGACCUGUGUCAUUGCCAACAAAGGGUAUAUAACAAAGUAUUGAGAAACUUUUGUUAUUGACCAAAUACUUAUUUUCCACCAUAAUUUGCAAAUAAAUUCAUAAAAAAUCCUACAAAUGUGAUUUUCUGGAUUUUUUUUUCUCAUUUUGUCUGUCAUAGUUGACGUGUACCUAUGAUGAGAAUUACAUGCCUCUCUCAUCUUUUUAAGUGGGAGAACUUGCACAAUUGGUGGCUGACUAAAUACUUUUUUUCCCCACUGUAGCAGUUGUAAAAGAAACACACAGACCAGACAAGUAGGCGCGCAAUGGAUUAUGAUCAUUGUUGUUAAUUACCACGUUUUCUGCGCUAAACUACACUACAUGACCAAAAGUAUGUGGACACCUGCUCGUCGAACAUCUCAUUCCAAAAUAAUGGGCAUUAAUAUGGAGUUGGUCCCCUUUGCUGCUAUAACAGUCUCCACUCUUCUGGGAAGGCUUUCCACUAGAUGUUGGAACAUUGGUGUGGUGACUUGCUUCCUUUCAGCCACAAGAGCAUUAGUGAGGUCAGGCACUGAUGUUGGGCGAUUAGGCCUGGCUCACAGUCGGCGUUCCAAUUCAUCCCAAAUGUGUUCGAUGGGGUUGAGGUCAGGGCUCUAUGCAGGCCAGUCAAGUUCUUCCACACCAAUCUCGACAAACCGUUUCUGUAUGGAACUCCCUUUGUAAACAGGGGCAUUGUCAUGUGAAACAGGAAAGGGCCUUCCCCAAACUGUUGCCACAAAGAUGGAAGCACAGAAUCUUCUAGAAUGUCAUUGUGUGCUGUAGCGUUAAGAUUUCCUUUCACUGGAACUUAGGGGCCUAGCCCGAACCAUGAAAAACAGCCCCAGACCAUUAUUUCUCCUCCACCAAACUUUAUAGUUGCCACUAUGCAUUGGGGCAGGUAGCAUUCUCCUGGAAUCUGGCCAGAUUCGUCCGUCGGACUGCCAGAUGGUGAAUCGUGAUUCAUUACUUCAGAGAACGUGUUUCCACAGCUCCAGAGUCCAAUGGCAGCAAGCUUUACACCACUACAGCCUACGCUUGGCAUUGAGCAUGGUGAUCUUAGGCUUAUGUGCGGCUGCUCGGCCAUGGAAUCCCAUUUCAUGAAGCUCCCGACAAACAAUUAUUGUGCUGACAUUGCUUCCAGAGGCAGUUUGGAACUCGGUAGUGAGUGUUGCAACCGAGGACCAAUGAUUUUUACACGCUACGCGCAUACAGCACUCGGUGGUCCCGUUCUGUGAGCUUGUGUGGCCUAUCAAUUCGCGGUUGAGCCGUUGUUGCUCCUAGACCUUUCCACUUCACAAUAACAGCACUUACAGUUGACCGGGGCAGCUCUAGCAGGGCAGAAGUUUGACAAACUGACUUGUUGGAAAGGUGGCAUCCUAUGACGGUGCCACGUUGAAAGUCACUGAGCUCUUCAAUAAGGCCAUUCUACAGCCAAUGUUUGUCUAUGGAGAUUGCAUGGCUGUGUGCUCGAUGUUAUACACCAGUCAGCAACGGGUGUGGCUGAAAUGGCAGAAUCCACUAAUUUGAAGGGGUGUUGGAAACUUAAACUCCCUACUACAUUGCACAGUUCGGGCCUUGAUCUGAUUUAUCUCUAGAGAAACUGCGCAAUGUGCACAUUGAGCUCACAGAAAAAAAAGAAUGAAAUGGAAUUCAAAUAAUUCAACUGACGUUGGUCAAUUAGUUGUUUAAAAAAGAAAAAAUAACCAACAUUUCCAUUAAUCGCUCAGCACUAGUGUUGCAUAACUUUUCUAAUUAAAUAAAUUAAAUAAGUAUACAAAUGUGUUAUUUGUUCACUCAGGUUCGCUUUAUUCAAUAUUAGGUUUUGCUUGAAGAUCUGAUAACAUUCAGUGUUAAGAAUAUGCAAAUAUAGAGAAUCUGAAAAGGGGCAAAUACUUUUUCACGGACGGCACUGUACAUAGGCAUGAACUGUUGAUGAGGAACUGCUUGUAAAAUUCCAGACUUUUAGGUUAUUGCCCCCAUUACUUUUACUUUUGACAUUUGAAAUCACUGUACCAUUAGUACUCUUCCACAUCAGUGUCUAUGCAGUUGUUUCUCCUUGAGCCCAUGGCCUGUAGACAUGGAGUUUCUGGAGGUUCUUAUGGACGGCCUGGACCGGGUGCUACUGGUACGCGGCGGAGGCAGGGAGGUGAUAACCAUCUAUUCCUAACGCCAGAAGACACGGGCGGGCAUGGUGCAGCCUCAGAGCCUCCGGCGGGGCCAUCUGGAACGAAUGGCUGGGCCUCGGCCUCCACCACAGUGCCAGGAGAGGAGUGAGGCGCCCCCUAUAGUAUGGGAGGACAGUAGGGGGCUGCCGCCUCCCUCGGAGCAGACUAAGCACACACUGCUGCUGACUGGAGGACAACAGAGGGCACUCUGGAUCAUCUUCCCUUUCCAUUUCUUAUUGUCUUCCAUUCAGGUUUUCUAUGUCAGUCGUUAG